AUGUAUUCAUAUUUGCCGGCACGGCGCAUCCGAGUAGUUUUGGUCAAAGCGGAACGCUAUCUACUCGAUAAAACCGCGUCUCCGCGUCUGCCGCCGGCGUAUCUUCGCAUCCGGGCGAGGUGAGCGCUGUGCGCACGCCCGUCGAUCGAUUUUGUGCGUGCCGUUCGUACCGGCGGCGGAAACGAUGUGGACGUGCAUGUAUCGUCAACAUCAUGAUCGGUUGGCGAGCGGAGGGUUGGGGGGACGGCACUUUCGUCGGCGAGCGCACGCGCAUACGCACACAAUUCACAUAAUUUAAUACGACACACACAGCCCACGCACACCACGUACGUCACCGCCGUUGUAGUGGACGCGCAAGUCCGUCGAAGUAUUUUCGAUAGCGCGUUCGCGUUUGUUCAGAGUGCCGUUCGACGUGCAAUUAUUUUCGAAUCGCAAUUACAACGCGCUUUCGUCGUACAGCGUGGCUGUCUCGACGCCUUUGCGACGUCGUCGACGACGUCACGGUGGCGGCGACGGAAGAACAGCCACCCUAAAGUCGCGUAUGCGUGCGUGUUUGUGUGCGUGCCGUGUGCGUGUGUACGUGAGCGUGUGCUGGUUAGUCCGGAGGCACGCGUAACAAGUACAAAUGAUAAACGAUGGUCGACUCCGCUGUGCUCGGGUAACCGAACGACAGACGACUGCGUCUAUUUUGUAAGUUUGCUGGAAAUAUAUAUAUGUGUGUGUAUAUAUAUAACGUAUAAAGCGCUAUUAUAAUAAAUAAAUAAUCCUUAAUCGUAUCAUAUGUAUUAAAGCGGUCGGUUUGCACCGGUCGUUCUCUCGCUGCGUGUCGCGCGGUAUUCGCGCGGCGAUUUUUAAUAAUGAAAUAUUACGGGACGUGGGUGUUGUUCGGGAUGGGUUGGGGGUGAGCGAACACCCGAGCAGAGCGGUAGGCUCGUGUCUCGCGCGGUCGCUCCACCGUUCACCACCACCUCCGUCGUCCCUGUUGUCGAGAGAGCCGUCUGACCCCGGCGCGGGUUCUGGUCGAAUUCGGUAAAUAUUCGUAAUCGCGUGUCCGUAUUAUUAUUAUAUUGUCAACCGACCCGGUCGACCCGCGAUCCGAGCCAAGACAAAUCAAAACUAGCCGUGACGUAUUAUAGCAGAGCACGUCGACGGGAUACAAUAUUCAUGUUUUUCUCCGAUCGACUAUACGGAAGAUGAACGAGGUUCAUAGCGGUCGGAUGGGGAAAUCAUACUGCCGAUUUUUGCGUUGAUCUUUAAUCUCUGCUGACGGCUGUAAAACGAGACGUUCGCGAACAUUCUGCGUUCAUCCCAGUCCAAGUUCUGAAGGCGCGAUUCGGCGUCGAUUUGGCGUAGUUUAAAAACGAAAAAAAAAACAAUCCUUUAAUCGAGACGGAGACCACUCGGUUGCGAUGCGAUGACAUUUUGGUUACAACAUUCUUUUGGCAAUUAAAAAAACGAAAAUAUCAACGAAAGAAACCGAAAUGUCUUCCUGAUCCACCCCAUCCUCACUCCCCCAAAAUAUGAAAAUGAGGUUUGAAGGUACAAAAGGCUCUUCAACGAUGCAUUUACAAUACGAAUUACAAAAUUUGAAACAAUUUCAACGAUUGCACGAUACAUUUCAUUUCAAUUUACUGUAUUUCAUGUUAUCAAUUUGGCAAUUUAUUCAUUUGACUUAACUGUUUAUCUAUGUUAUAUACUAAUACACAGUGUUCGGAUUGUAAAAAUAAAAUACUGCUGGCUGUACGACUUUAAAAAAAUUAGCGUGUCACGCAAUUAUUAAAUUCAACGUAACCCGUAAGUGGCAUGAGAUGAUUUUCCCCUCAUAUCCAUUUUUGAUCAGUACGUUAACGAACAAAUAACCACUCACAAAUUAAUCUCAAUUUAAAGAACAAACAGCCCAUUUUUUUUUCUUUUUUAAAUGAACUUAAAAGAAUUUAAAAUAUUAUCAAAUUAUGACAGACUAUCAGUAUUGGAAGAAUUACUAAAUAUCAUAUAAUAUUGUUCUGUGGUAGUAUAAAAGCAUUCUUUGUGUCUUUUUCAGUAUGACUGAUUUUAUUUUGCAAAACAAUAAAUUAAUUUUAAAAUUAUUAGAAGAAGAAGAAGAAGAAUUUGAAAUGUUUUUUUCUUUUUCCCCUAGGAAAUCAGUGAAUCACAUAUUCAAAACAAGGGACGAAGAACGGUUUUUCGAAAUUUUAAUAAACCGACAUUUAAAAAAAAAAAAAAAAAUGAAAUAUAAUUUUGCGAAUAUUUUAGGACAAAUAUUAAACAGUACGAUUUUUUUAUUAAAGUUGAUUGAGUUAAAAUACUCGUGAAUCGUGAAUGUGUGAUAGAAAACUGAUAUGACUGCGAAGACGUGGAUAUUUGUUAUCAAUAUUAUUAUAAUUUUAUCAUCAUAAAUAAUAAUAUGAUAACGUGAAACAAAAUAGAUUUUUUUACACCAGCCUAUAGAGUAAUAAUUAUUCUAUGCACCAGUCGCCGCCGAUCCGCAGUCGUCGCUAGGAAACUACACAACGAUAAUAACGCAUAACCAGUAGUCGGCGGCCGGCCGCACCUAGGUAACCUAGGAACUUUAACAAAUAUUAAUUACACAUAUAUGUUCAGUUUUGAUUCUUUAUUUAACAAUGUAUGUAACCUAUGAAUUAAAUACCAAUAGUAAAAGAGUACCUUUAAUCUAUUUUUUGCCUUUAUCAUCUUUGAGUCAAGUUGUAUGAAAUACGUUUUUUUUCUCAAAUAAUUAUUAUUAUAAGUGCAACAAAAUUUAAUAUUAAAAACGAAUACAAAAAAUAUCAUUAUAUUAUAGCCGUUAUAUAUUUCUUAGUUUUGUACUGUACAUCUAACAUUUCGUAUAAGACAAAGUGUAUCAUGCUAUACACAAUUUUAGUCUCAGCAGUCCUCCUUUUACCAAUUUUCAGCAUAAUUCAGUGACUAAUAAUUUACGAAAAACGACCUACUCAAAAACACUGACAUUAAGCUAAAUGUUUCUUUACUCAUAUACAUUUAUUUUAGAUUCUACUAUGAAGCUUCUUUUUUUUCUUUUUUCUCUUUUCUUUAGGUGUAUUUGUUUCUGGUAGAAAAUAUUUAAAUACGUAUUGUCUAGUUGGUGCUAUAAGGAAGGAAGUUUUUUAUAUAUUUUUGUAUUCUUAAUAAGGGAAGAAACUCGUUUAAAGUUUAAAUUUUAACGGAAAUACAUUUUAUUAAAAAAGACGUCCUAGUAUAAUGGAGACGGGUGCAGCCACUGUUAUAGAUAAUUUAAUGUAUAUAUGUAAGCAACGACAAACUAUUGUUAACGAAAAAAACGAUUCUAAAUGCAGUGCAGUUUACAGUGAUGCUUUGACAACGAUAUACAUGUCAUUUUAUGGUAAAACAAUUAAAUAGGUAUUAUAUAUUUUCUUUAAUAAUAUUUGUUUAUUAUUAUAUCGAUUUUCCCGUAUUUUUUGCGUUUUCCCCAGCUUUCCCAUGUUUUUCCCAGACUAUCACGUUUGUUAAAAAAACUCUUGGAAAAAUCGAAAAACAACCUCCUUAAGUACCUUCUCAGUCAGAUUUACUUUUAGAAAAAGUGCUAUCGUUGUAAAUCGGAGCAAAAUUGCAAGUAAAAAAGUUGUACACAGAAAAAAAAGGCCAUUAAAUUUUAGAUUCUGAGUGUAACGAAGAAUUUGAUUUUAACGAAAAAAUUUGAAAAAACCGGCCACAAUAUUUGUUUCAUAAUAUCUACAUUUCGUACAUUUUCUGUUUUUCUGAAUUAAUAUCUUAGUAAAACCAAUACAUUCUUCGCUACACUCAGAAUCUAAAAUGCAAAAAUAUUAUGUACCUACCGUUACAUGCAUUUCACAGAAAAUAAAUAGCAUAGGUACGUUAAAAUGUCUAUAUAAUUAGUCGAAGUACGGAGUCCCUUCCAUCUCCCCCUCCCAUUCAAACAGUGAAUUAAUAUAAUUAUGUAAAAUGUAUUUAUACUUUUUAUUUGUAUUAUCAUUUGAGGAAUUUACUUAUAGUGCAAUAUUUAUUAUAACUUUCAACAUGUUUCAGCAUCACUAAUAUAAAGUAAUACUAUUUGUUCAAUAACAGGAAAUAUUUUUAACGAGAAAAUAAUAAAUUGACAAAUAGUUUCAUGAUUGAUGGAUUCUAGUUCUUUGUAUGCAACUAAAUAUGAUUUAUUAGGCGUCCCAUCUAAUUUACCGAUUAAUAAAUUUGCAAUAGCCAAACCUAAACGAAAAUAGUAUAUUUUAUAAAAUGAAAAAUUUAAAAAAAUUAUUUAUACAAACCUCUUGGAUCGGCUGUUUAGUCAAUAAUUAUGUAAACGUAAUUAUUUCCAAUAUCACUAUUUUAAUAUUUAACUAUCAUUAUUUGGUCCAUAACGCUUUUAUAAAUAUUCGGUAUGUAAUUUUUUCUUAAAGUGCUUUCGGAAUUGAUUCACCAGUAUGUUUUUCCAAAAAUGAUUUUAACACAUAAUUGCCCAGCUUAUGCAAAGGAAUAUUUGCAGCAACAAAUGUAUUACAUAAAUCUUCAAAAAAUACAUUUUUACUAUUUAAAUUUUGAAAAGUAAUCAAAGGCUGUUUUUUUUUCAUUAUUCCUUUGUAAUGCAUUUAUGUGUUGGAUUAAAAAAUACACAUGUAUUUUUGAAAUUUUAUGUAGUAUAUUACGUGUAGCAUGAGCAUAAAAUACAAAACUUAUUUGUUUUGAAAUGAUGAUCUAAUUCGAAAUUUUACUUUUUAAAGAUGAUUUUAUUUUAGGCAUUAUGUCAAAUACAUUCAUUUAACUACCAAUUUAUAUAUAUAUAUAUAUAGAGAGAGAGAUACGCUUAUCGCUCGUUGCGCUUACCAAGCUACUAGAGAAUUCUAAACGAACGAUAAACGCGUAUAAUUUAAAAACGUGGGAAAACUGCAAAAUAUUGCAUUAUAAAAUUAAAUAGGCAGAAUAUUUUUAGUAUAUAUCGGCUAUAUAUUUAAUCAGAUCUGAUAUAUCUUUAUUGGAAAAAAAGUUGCUAUAUCAAUUAAAUCUGGUCUUUAAUUAUAACAAAAUGGUUUUACAAUGAUGUUUAUUCUGCGGACAACUUUUCUACCUGCAAUUUUGAUCCGAUUAUUUUAGAUAUAAUUUAUUAUUAUGUUUUACCAACUUGUGUAUUUUGUAAAACUGGUUUUAGAUUUUGGAUGUAUUUAGUCUGUAGAUAUGGGUUUUUUUUAGAUUUAAUCUUUCUACAAAAAAUAUUGAUCCCAUUUUCAAGUGUAGUAUCUUUUUUGAAAGCAUUAUGGAUAUAAUGUUGGUACACUAAGAAAUUAUUAUUUUUAUAUUACUUUUUUGAUUGAUUUUAUGUGGAUAAAAUGCUUGACAAUUUUACACGCAAUGAAGCUUUUUUACAAGCAGCUAAAUUUUAAACGGAAAUUGUAAAUAUCGCGGCAUUUUAAAACAAACAUGUUUAAUUUGUUUACCAAACUUCAAUAUUAGAAUUAGUAUUAUUAUCAAGUUGCAAGGUCAACUACUCAUUUCAAAUAGAUUAUUUUGUUAUUUUUGUAUAUGAACACCCAAGGACUCCUAUAUGAAAAAAUUAAAAGAGACGAUAUUUUUUGGGAAACAGAAAUGUUAAAACAAGUAAUUAACUUCUACCAUCAUACUUUUCUACCUGUAAUUAUUAAUCUGAGAUUUGAUCGAGAUUUGCAAUUGAAGGAUAGACUCACUUCGGAAUGAUAAUAUUAUUUAUAAUUUAUUUUUAUUAUAGAAUAUAUUAGGUACACCUACUUAUUGACUUUUUAUUAUUUUUUUUUUUUAGAUCCGGAAAGUAGCGAAGAGUGUAUUGGUUUUACUAAGAUGUUUAUUAUUAUUUUUUUUUUUUGAUACUGUGUACAAAAUGUCUACCAAAACUCUCUGAGAAUUGCUUAUAUAUAUAUGCGUGGCACCAUUUUUGAUUUUCUAUGCGGUUUUUAUAAUAUCUGGGAAAAACCAGGAUAAAACGUAAGAAAAACGGGAAACUAACAAAAAUAAUGCUUUUAUUAUUUUCAAUUUUGUUAUUUGUUGAAAUUCAGGUAAAAAUAUUCGUAUCAUUAAGUCUUAUUUUGUGGUAAAAAUAAAAAAAAAAAAAUUGAGUUUAAUGUAUUUUUUUUUUAAACGGAAUUUUAAUAUAGAAUUUUGACGAAAAUUGUUUGAGUAAAAAAUUUUGUGGAACAAAUCUAAUAUUUUAAUUUUUUUGUUUUGAACAUAUGUAUAUUGCUAAUUUAAAAACGAUGGUGAAGUCAAAAUUAAGCGGACUGACAAAGUUUCGAAGUUAUAGCUUUUUGAAGUUCUGAUAUUAUAUAUUAUGUUAAAUAUCUCUAUAUUGUCUUUUUCAAACCAUAUUUGUCAUGAUCUAAUGUUUGUUUAUGCCUAUUAUUAUCCUAGGAGUUCCGAGAUCAAACCGGUGUGUCGAAAAAAAAUGUUUGCAUUUUUUCUUCUGUUUACCUAAACAAGAAAAAAACAAAUGUAGUUUGGAUGCACCUAGAGACCCAAGCCACCCUCGGACUAUUUUAAUCACAAAAUACCCCUCAAUUUGUUGUGCAAACUUUUCUACCAGAAAUCGUGCUCUGAUGUAUCAAGUGUAGUUUAUUUUCUGAAAGGAAAUUUUAUCUUCAUGGUAAUUUAAAGAAGUCAUUUUUUGAUUUUUUAAGUGGUUUCCAUAAUAUCUAGAAAUAACUGGGAUAAAAUGUCGGAAAAACAGAAAAUGUACGAAAUUUAGGUAUUAGUAAAGAAAUAUGGCCUUUUUUUCUGUACAACUUUUUUACCAGCAAUUUAGCUAUAAUUUACAAUGAUAGAUCUUUAUUUGAAUGAAAAUCUGACUAUUGGGAAAAUACUUUAGGGAAGUCAUUUUUCGAUUUUCCUGAGUUUUCUCAGAAAAUGUGAAAAACUGGGAAAAACAGUUAUAUCAGUACAAUAUUAAACAAAUAUUAUUAAAAAAAAUAUAUAAUGCCUAUUUAAUUAUUUUACCAUAAUAUGUCAUAUAUGUAUCGUUAACAAAGCAUCACUGUCAACUGCACUGCGUUUAGAGUCGUUUUUUCGUUAACAAUAGUUUAUCGUUGCUUACAGAUAUACAUUAAAUUAUCUAUAACAGUGGCUGGACCUGUCUCCAUUGUCCUAGGACGUUUUUUUUUAAAUAAAAGGUAAAAUAUAAAAACCAAUAUAUAUAUAUAGUUACAAUAAACAGAAUCUAAAAUAUAAUAUACAUAAUAUUCCUAGAAGGUAAUUAAGAGGGCUGGAGCUCAACUAGUUUUUAUAAAUUUUAGACCAAUAAGCAUUGUGAAAUUAGACAUAUUUCCCGAUGUCCGAUUUAAAUUUUUAAAGUAUCUAUGCUUAUUAUAGGUUUUUUAGGAAACCGAUGUUCGAUUGAUGAAGACCAUCAAAACUGUGAUAUAUUUUUUUUAAAUUUCCGUGAAAAUACCGAAUUACAUUUGUAUUUAUUUUAGGCAUUUUGAAUUUAUUGUUUUAUAGGAUUUUUAAUCCAAAAAAAUAUUAUCUCUUUUAAAUUUUUGAAAUGAAAAAAUUGGUGACUCAGUUCACCACAUUGUAGAUGGACUUUCUGCUAAAACAGUUAAUAACAUAUGGAUUAAAAGGACGUUAUACUCGCAUCUACUGUCUUAGGCCAACUACCGGGUAACAUACAAAACCAAUGCUUGUGCAGAUUAAAUAAAACUAGCUCAAUUUUAAUUUUAGAGUAAAAGUAUCCGUUUUGAAAUUUAUAGAGAACAAUAUUUUGGAGGUAAUAUACUCUGGUGUUUUUUUUAAUUAUGAACUAUUAAAAAGUUACAGUUAUUUAAAAAAGCAAAAAAAUAAUGGGUUUUGUAGCUUUUAUAUUGAGCCGUAUAUUUUGAAUAAUAAAAAAAACCCAAGACAUUCCUCUAAAAUAUUGUUCUCUAUAAAUUUCAUAAUUAGUACUUUUACUCUAAAAUCAAAAUUAAGCUAGUUUUACUUAUUUUGCGUAAGCAAUGUUUAUGUAUAUAAGCAUUGUUUAUGUUAUCAGUAGUUAGACUGAGACAUUAUAUGCGGGUAUAACGUCCUCUUAAAGUAAAAUAUCAGUAAAUAAUAAUUCAUAACUAAAACUCUUGGGAAAAUCGAAAAAUGACCUCCCUAAAGUACUUUUCCAGUCAUAACUCAAAUUAAUAGUCAUGUCGAAGAGAACAUAACAAAAAAUCGGGAAGUAUUAAAAAGUGUAAUUCGUUCUGUUUUGUAUUACACUCGGCAAGAUAUUGGUUUACGUUGUCAUUAUAACGCAAACACUUCUUUAAACAAACAUGACCUAGAAACCAAUAUAUGAACAAGCAAUAAUCAAGAUAAUUUUAAGGAAUUAGUUGAUUUACUGUGUAUGGAAAAUGAAAAAGAUUUGAAUUCUUUGUCUAAAAAUGCAAAAUAUACAUCUAACAUUGUACAAAAUGAUGUUUUAGUUGCGUUUACAAAUAUUAUUACACAAACUAUUAUCGAAAAAGUAAAUUAAGGCAGUUCGGUCUACAGUUUAAUUGUAGAUGAAACUCGGGAUGCUUCAACAUUGGAACAAAUGUCAAUAUGCAUUAGGUAUGUACAUAAAUCAAUUAUUAAAGCAUGGUUUUUAGGAUUUGUACAAGUAAUAAAAUUAGAUGCACAAGGUCUCACUAAUUCUAUUAUCAAAUUUUUAAACUCGGUUGGUUUAGACAUUACAAAAUGUAUAAGUGAGUCUUACGAUGGUGCAUUAGUGAUGUUGGGUUCUAUCAAUGGGGUACAAGUAAAAAUUAGAGAACUCUCUAAAAACUAAUGUCCGUAUAUACAUUGUUACGCACAUCGACUUAAUCUAUUUUGGUUGAUGUCGCUAAAUCAGUUGAAAUUGUUGACGAUACGAUGGGAUUACUGGAAGCAAUUUAUGCAUUUCAAUCGAGUUCAACUUUACGUCAUGACAUAUUUUCUGAAGUUCAAAAAGAUUGUGAACACAUAUUAAAAGUUCCUCAACAUAACGAUACAAGUUGGGUUGCCAAAUAUAAUGGUAUUCAUUUAUUUUUAAAUCGAUUUGAACAUGUUGUAAAAGCUUUGUCAUGAUCAAAAAGUUCAAAAAGAAAGAAGCCGCAGAAGCCAUAGGUCUACUGAAUCAAUUUCGUUAUUUUAACAUAAUAUUUGUUCUAAUAUUUCUUGAUACAAUUUUAUCAAUUGUCAACGUACUUUCAAUACACUUGCAAUCGUCUACCCUUGAUAUAAUUAAAUGUUUAAAUUUAGUAGAAUCUACUAUAACAGAGCUUGAAUGUUUACGUUCGGAUGAUCAUUUUAGUAACUAUUCAUACAAAAUCUGAAAAUAUGGCUUCACAUUUAAAUAUUUCAUUAUCAAAUGAUGAAAAAUGCUAUAAGAAUAUUAAUAGUACAUUAACUAAUUAUGUUAUUACUUCAACAACUGGUUUCAAAAGCAAUAAUACUACGAUUCAAAAAAUGCGAAUUAUGUAUUUUGAAAUGGUAGAUAAUAUACUGAGUGAAAUGAACAAUUCAACAAUUUUGAUAUUUUAACUGCAAUAUUAGUAUUCAAUCCAUCUUCAAACAAUUUUUUAGAUGAUUAUUUUGUUUUAAAAUGUAUGAACUAUUAUGGAGAUAAUGAAUAUUUCUCGAAUAAAGUAGUGAACCAAAGCCGAUUGGCGAAAAAUAUCUAUAGUAGCUGUACAAAUAAUAUUAUGCAUUUUUACAAAAAAAUAUGCGAUAUGGGAAAGUCAUUUGAGGAAAUUAAAUUGUUUGUAGAACGCGUGUUGGUUAUACCAGUAAGUUCGGUAACAGCCGAAAGAAAUUUUUCGACGAUGAAAAGAAUCAAGACAUAUUCAAAGACAUCUAUGACAACUACGCGUCUUCAUAAUUUGGCAUUGAUAUCAAUUAAAAGGGAGUUCAGUUCGGAGUUAUUGUGAGAUUCUACAAAGAUUAUUGACGAGUUUGCCAAAAUGAAAAACAGAAGAAUUAAAUUUACUAAAUAAAUAUUAUAAAAAGUUAUUUUAUAAGAAUAUAUUAUACAUAUGACUACAAAGUAGUAAAUACAACUUAAAAAAUAAAUUAAAGUUUUUCUUAAAAAAAUUGUGUAUCUUAUACAAACUAUUCUUAUAAUCGAGCCCGUCCUGAAUUUUUACCCCGGACAUACCCCUAGCUCGAGCCCCCUUAAAGUUAAAUACUUGAAAAAAUAAAGGUUGAACAAAUUAUCAAAUAAUUAUGUUUAAACACGCGUUAAGGUACGGCUUCCAAGGCGCGGCUAGCCGAUCGUCGAGACCAGCCGUCGCGAUCAGCCGCCGAAGUCUGACUGGUUUCCUAGACAUACAAAUCGCCGCGGCUCUAAAUAUAAUUUCAUUAUUUGUUUAGUCGUACUUCGAAUUAUGUUGUGUUAAGACAUAUAUUUAAAGUGUUAAACCAUGUCCGAUUUAUUGUGCAUUUUUAAUAAUAACAAAAUGAUCAUUGAUUUGUUUGAAGAAGAGGAGGAAGAAGAUAAUUUAUGUUUACGUAAUUAUUUAAAUCCAAAUAAAUGGAAACCAACUAACAUUUUAUUUAAAUAUUAUAAUUAUUAUUCAAUACAACAAUAAUUAUUAUAAUUCAAUACUAGAAUAUUAGUUAAAUUAUGGUAGUAUAUACUAUAUCUCUAUGUACUACUAUCAGUGACUGCAAACAUUUUAACACAAACAUUAUUUUCGACUAGAGUCGCCGGCGGCUGUCGCGGUAGAGCCGCCGGCCACGGCGUCUAGUUCAGUCGCGAGCCGCAACCGCGCAUUGGAAACCAGUCUAUAGGCAUUACGUGUAAACACAGUUCAUGCAAAAGCCGCGCCUUGGAAACCGUAUCUUUAGAGCUAAAAUUAUUAUAUUACUUAUAAAAACUAUUAGAACCUUUCAAAAAUUGUUCAUCUUUGUACCUACCUGUUUUGACACGAAAUCGAUAUUAAAUGUUUGGUUGCUGUUUUUAGAGAUUUCAUACUCUGUAAUUUUUCUUUAAAAUCCCAAGCUGAGACCAAAGUUAAGUACUUUUUAUAAGUAUUUUAAUAUUUUGUCUUUUUGCGCUUAAUUAUAAUUUUGGAACCUAGUCAACUUAAUUUUUCUGCUACACCAUGUAUAUUACUCACUCAUUCGAUUCAUUAUGGUGGUCACCAUGUUUUAGGAUAUGGUUCUCCGCCAUAGGACCGAUAACGAUAUUUAAUUGUUAAAAUGUAUGAUAAAAAUAUUGAAUAAACCAUUUAGAUUAUCGAUAUAUAAUUUCAAAUGUAAUGUAUCUGCUUUUAAUUUUAUAUUUAUUUUUCUAACUAAAACUUGGCUUACUGAAAACUUUUCUAUUGGUGAGCUUGGUCUUACCAACUAUAAUGUUUUUAGAUGUGAUAGGAGUAUUGCCACUAGUUUAUGUCUUAAAGAGGUGGGGUACUGUAGGGGUUCUAGUUGGCAUACGUAAGGACGUUUUUUCCUUUCCUAUUAUUGUUUAUGAAUAAAAUGUUGAGCAGUUUUUGUUUGUCUUUCUCUUGGUAUAGAGAAAUUUGUUAUAAGUAAUGUAUAUUUUCUUCCUAACUCUUCACCUGCUUUAUAUAAAUCCAAUAUAUUAUCGAUCGAACAUAUUUUCAAUCAUAUAUUAUACUAACCAUACUUAUAUUUUUAGCGGAGACUACCUAUAUAACCUACCUGAUAUUUCAUGGACCAAUGAUGAGUCUGGUUUAAUUUAUUCUUUGUCUUCCAGAAUUCCUUGCAUUCCUGAAUUUUUUGCGGUAAAUUAUUUUUACCAAAACAAUAAUAUCUUUAAUAAGUAUGACUCCAUAUUAAACUUAAUUAAAAUUAACAAGAACAAAAAUUAAAAUGGAAAACCACAGAAAAUAUAAAAAAAGUAAAAAAUUAUUGAUUGAUAAAUGAGUAUAUAAUAAGCUACCUAAGAUAUCUAAAAGGUAUCCAAGAUAUUCAAAAAAGUGUGUCAUACUGCAUUGAUUUUUAAUUUUUAUUAGUAUUAAAUAUAAAGUUUUGUAAUUGUUUUUCGCUGUAAAUAUAUAUACCUAUACAAUGACUCGACACAUGACUUUAUUUAUUUAUUUAUUGACUCGUAUAGAUUCUGUUACUCGAAUAACUCGUAUUACUUAUAUACAGGAUGGUUCCCUAAGCGUGCUUGUCCCGUUUUUUUGGUUAAAUUUUGCAUAUAUUCAAAUUUUUAUUUUUGGAAUUUUUAAAUGUAGUUAAAGCCGAAUUUUUGAAUACUUAAAUUUUUCGAAACAUUUAAGAAGUAUCCUGUGGUGACGCUAACUUUGGUUUUUCAAGUAGAAACUUAUAUUAAAAAUUCUAUAAAUGGACGACGUAUGACAUUAAAUACAUUUCGGUAUCAAAAUGUUUGAUUUCCGUCAACCUGUUAAUGAGAUAUCCCAUUUAUAGGUUUAGGUAGGGGGACAUUAAGAGCGUGUAUGGGUCUGUUAUCCAAUAUUAUUUCAGUGCACUUAUAAUUCAUUUAGUAGAAUUAUANUCCUCGAGUAGGAUACAGGAAUAGGUAAAUAAUAAUAAUAUUAAGCAGUGUCGGUUUAGUUCACUCGGAUACUUGGCAAUCGCCGAGGGCCCUGAGAUUUAUUCUUAAAAUAGGAGUUCUACGGGAACACGUCAAUAGUAGACAUUAUGUUAAUUAUUUUUGUAAAACAAUAAAUUUCCUAGUAUGAAUGAAAAUAAUGUUAUAAUAAUCUUGAAACAUGGUUGACGUGAUACAAUAUAAAUAAUCUAAAGCAAUAGGUACUAUAGCUUUUCUGUUCCAAGAUCUGUAUAUAUCAUGAAUAUAAUAUAGAAGAAAUAAUAGCUACAGAAGAUAAUGUACCCGUUAUAGAAAAACUAAAUGUGAUGACUACUUACCUAAGUAAUUUAUCUUCAGACAUUGUAUGAAAUAACUUCAAAAUCGUAUUUAUUUAAUACGCUUUAUUUAGCUAUGAAAUAAGUAUUACAUCUUCCGUGUACACAAGUUUCCUAUGAACAUGCGUUUUAAAAACUAAAAAGAUACGGACAUACUUGUACUAUAGGUGAGCCAUUGUUGUAGGUGAGAAGUUGGGAAGGUAAGAUAUAGAAGGGAAUUUAAUGUAUAUCUGUACGCAAUGAUUAUUCUUCGUUAACGAAAAAUGAUUUUGAGAGGAGUUCGGUUGUACAUGUUUUGAAAAGCCGUUAUAUUUACGAUUUAAAAAUAAUUAACUUCGUAAAUUUUUCCUUUUUUUUGACCACGAAUUACUACUUAUAAUGAACCUCCUGUUAAAUUUUCUGGAAUUUCUCUUCGUUUUAACAAUUUUAUCCAUAAAAAAAUUAUACGUAAAAAAACCUAUAAAAUUUAAAUAUCUAUAAAUAGCUCAAAAAUGGUUACAACGUUUUGAACAUUUUAUCACAUCUAGAAAAAACAAAUAUAAGUUUUCUGUAAAAAUUUCAAGUCCUUACAAAUAUUUUUAAAUGACUCAAAACAAAACAAAAAAUGUAAAACAUGCAUAGUACAUUUCGUACAUUUUCCCAUUGUUUCCACAUUUUUCCCCGGUUAUCCUCAUUUGUUAUAAAUUUCUGCCAAACGCUGACGAGAUUUUUCAUUUUUAAUUAAGGGUUGAAGGAGAAUGAGGAAGAUGGGAUACAUAAAGUUAUUUAACCAACGGUAAACUGUUGAUAACCAAAAAAGAUUCGGGGCAAAGUUCGGUUAUACAAGUUGUCAAAGGUCGUAAUAUUCACGAAUUUCGUCAAAAUUUGAUUUUUAAACUUAUGUAUAAAAAAAAUAACUACUUUAAACUAAAUUUCUUUUUGAUCACUUAUUAUGACCUAUAAUGAACUCUUUAUGAAAUUUUUAGGCAUUUCUGAUAAGUCUAGUAAUUUAUGUACAUAAUACCUACCAAAUAAUAAUUAUAUUAAUAAUUCGCAAAAUUAAAAAUUUUAUCAGGAAAGUUUUAUCACGACUAGAAAAAGUAAAUAUAAGUUUUCUGUCAACAUUUUAAGCCUUUAUGAAUAUAUUAAACUAAAUUACAUUAAAGAAUGUAAUUUAAAAUAAUAAAAAAAAUUGUAUUCAUACAUUUUCCCGUGGUUUGUGAAUUUUUUUUAGUUUUACUUUAUUAUUAAGAAUACUACACAGGAAAUCUGUAAACGAUGGUUUUAUUUACUAAUCAAAAUCCAACAAAAAGGUCUCCUGAUCUAUUGGAUCAAUAUUUAUGGUAGAAAAUAUAAGCCGUACAAAUUUAAAAUAAUGAAAUCUUUUUGUCAUAAUUUGGAAAAAAUCGUAUAUUUAUUUAUUUUUUUUGGUUUUUCCCAAUUAAACAUAAUUUGUACAUAUUUAAAUAAUUACCCUGGGACUUGGGAUGCUAUGUUGCCGUAAAUAUUAAUCUAUUUAAAUUUUUUGUUAUUUCCCAAUUAUUAUAGAAAAACUAUUUUGGAUAUCGAAAAACGACUUCUGUCAGGGGCGAAAUAAAAAAAUAAACAAAAUCGAUCUCUUUUCUUUUUUGGAUUGGAGUAAUAUUUCUGAUAAAAAAACAUUGUAUAAAUAUAAUAAAAACAAUGAAACCGGUAAUACCGCGGUUUCCUGUAAAUAUGCUGUUUUACCUAUAAUUUUCUUUCGGUUUUUCUUGAUUAUUUCGAAAAUGUCUUAGAAUAUCAAAAAAUGACCUUCUCUAUGCACCAAUGGGAGAAAAUAACUUUUCAGAAAAGGUGCUAUAGUCUAUACUUCGGAAAAUUUUUUCUGGUAGAAAAGUUGUUCAUAGACAAAAAAAAAUAAACAUCAUUGUGAAAUCAAUAUCAUUGCUCGUUCGCUCAGAAUCUAAAAAUAAAAUAUCAUAAUAAAACCAAUAAACUUCUGGCUUUUCACAGAAUUUAAAAAUGUGACCUUUCCAUCGUAUAAAGUUUAUUCUUGGUAUUUUUAUAAAUAAAUAUUUAUUUUGCAUUAAAAAUGUUCACAUAUUAUUAUUUAGGAAAAUGCAAUUGUUCAAUCAAAAGAUCGACCACCUGCAGUACUAAAUGAAGAAUUAGGUACAUUGUCCAUCAAGUAUAAUGAAGAAAGUGUUUUAAACUUCUCCUUAAUUAAAUUAGAGUCAUCGAAUUGUAGAAUAUUGAAAGAUCUAGAAAACAACUCAAUUGGAAAAUCAAGUUCAGAAUCUUCAAGUGUGAAUUUAUUUAAAAACCCGAACAACCCAAAAUAUCAUUUAAAAGAAAAAUUAAUCAAAUUAAAGAAUAGUCCUUCCAUAAUUAAUAUUCCAAGAAUCACCAGUAAAUGUCCUAUUCAAUCUUUGGUCGAGAAAAAAUAUCGUGUUCCUUAUACAGAAUCAAUACAUACCAUAAGUUAUGAUGAUACAUUCGUACAUUAUUGGUCACCUAACCAAGUUGAAGUGUAUAAAUUAUUACACAAAUUAUCCAAAAGUCAUUGUAAAGUAUGCAUUGGUGCUACUGGUGGACUUGUUUCCAAGAUAUUACGUCCAUUUACCAAAGAAUAUUCUGAUUAUUUAUUUUUAUACGAAAUAGUUGUACAUGGGAUUGGUAUUCAAGAUUCUGUAUGUCAAAUGGUAUCUGAAAAGCAAAAUCUACUUACUAUAUUAUAUUGGCUUAAGAAAUGGCAAUUAUCUGGUGCACCAUGUCCCAAUGAAGUUGUAACAGGUAUGUCCUGGGCGAUACUAGGUGCUGUAUCUCGUGUAUUUUGCAAUGGAAUAAGUACAAAGGAAUACGCACACAUAUGUUUCCUAAACUUAUUAAAUAAGUCAAAUUUUAUUCCAAAAUGUUUUAUACGUAUAGAUGUUGCUCAUUUUAUAAAAAUGCUGUUUAAAUGGAAAUGUUUGAAUAGAUUAAAUCAUCGAAAAUUUUACAUUCGAUGUUCUAGUCUUCUUAUUAAAACUCAAAAUAUUACUGACUUUAAACAUAUUCUGAUGAGCAUAUUAACUAUAGUGUACAGUGAAACAGAUUUACAAGCCGAAUCAAGUUUUAAUUAUAUUUUAUCAGAAAUUGAAUAUAAUACAGAUGAAAUUGAAAAUAUAAUAUUUGAUGAUUGUGAAAUUAUAAAUACGGAAAAUGAAGAUGAAAUUAUGAACUUUGAUGAAUGUAAUGAAUUUAUACUCCAUAAUAAUGAAAUUACCAUUUCACACUUUUUGAAGGAUAUCGAAGAUUGUGCAAAGUUUUCGAUACAACAAAGCAAACAAGGAAGCAAAAUAAAUGAAUACUUCUUACCAGAAUUUGGAAAUAAUUUAUUGUAUAUUGCACAAUGGUUUCCAUUAUGGACAAAUAUUAUGGUUCCCGUUUUUAAUUGUCCAAAUAUAACAGCGUCUUCAGUUCCAGUAGAAAAAGAUUUUAAUCAACUUAAGACAAGAAUACUACGAAAUGAAUGCAAGUUAAUUCCAUUGGAUAGAUUUGUUCUAACCCAUUUAAGCGUUUUAAAUGACUUAAUGAAGCUGGCAUUUGAAAAAUUGAAAUAUAAAAAUUCAUUGAAUAUGAAGAUAAAAAUAAAUCCUAUUGAAUACUUAGACCCUGAUUUAGAAAUUAAAAAUGCUCUAAAUAAGUCAAGACUAAGAUCGAAUUUAGAAACGUAUUUAUUAAAUGGAAGUAUGUCAUCCCCAGUCAAAUUAAACAAAUAUACAUGUUUAAUUUACAAUACUUGUUCCUUCGAUUCGAUUGUAUCAUGUAUUGUCACAGCUUAUUAUGAUUAUCCAAAUUAUAUGGAAUUUAUAAACAAUAGUAGAAAUAACAUAUUUUUUAAAUUUUGUAAGACAUUGGCAAUAUAUGGAAAAAAUAAACAAAUACACAGGGAAAGAUUAGUUAUUCUAAAAGAAAUAUUUAAUUUGGAAAAUAUACAAGAAAAUCCGAGUAUUGUUGUUUAUGAUGCCCAAUGUUACAUAACUGACUUGUUGACAAAAUUAAAUUGUGUAUCGGCAUCAUUUAAAUUAAAGUGUAAUAUAUGUGAAAACUGUAUGGAAAUAGAAACAAAUGUAAUUACACCAAACACGAAAGAAAUAGCGAGAAACAAAUUUCAAGGAUUGGACAAAGAAGUCGAGUACAGUUUACUUACUGUAAUCAAAACACAAGGUACACCUCAUGCACCUUGUGAAAAAAAAAACUGUACAGGAACUAAAAUUCCUACUUUAAAAUUGAAUACACAUAUAUUUAUCGAAGUUGACUUAAUAGAAUAUUAUGGCCUUGAAAAAAGUAAUGUUUCUUUGAUUCCAGAGUUUUUACAAAUAUUUGGUGAGACGUAAGUAUAUAAACUAUAUAAAUAAAUACGAACACAAUUUAAAUUUAAAAUAAUAAAAUAAAUAUAAAAACUUGAUUUAUAGGUAUUUAUUAGUUUCUAUUAUCAAUUUCAUUAAAAACUCGUUGGAUACGAGUGAACUUGGACAUUGUAAUUCACAUAUAAGGAGGGCAUCUGGUUAUUGGAAUAUUCAUGAUGAUUUAGUAUCAAACGUAAAAUCUUACAAGAACACUGAUAAUAUGUACAUCAACCCAUAUAUUUUAUUCUACAUAAAACAGUAGUUUAUUCUUUAAGUUAUUACAAUCAAGUUUAAUGUAUAUUUUUUUUAAAACCUAACUUUUUUUUUAUUUUAAUGUAUUCAAGUUACAUAAGUAUGUUAUAUUCAAGUUUAAAUAUUAAAAAUAAAUCAUUAUUGUUGCUAAUUAACAUGCUAUUUGUACACGCUUUUAAUUUUUGCAAAAUAUAUUUCAUUCAGUGUUGUAUUAUAAAUACAUUUUCAUAUUAUUAUAUUAUAUUAUUAUUAUUAUUCAUAUUAUUAUUUCUAUAGAAAUUAUAUUUAAUAAUUUAGGUAAAUUUUAUUUAUGAUUAAAUUUUUUAAUUUGUAUUAAAUUGUUAAACAAGAGCAUAAUAGUAUAAUAGUAUAUAUGAAAUAUUGACUUCUAUUAGAGGGUGGGAAGAGGGUGGCGCGUAAAAUACAGGAAAAUAUUUACAAUACAAGGUUCCGAAAAAAACGUUUCCGAAAAUAAUUUUAAUAGUGCUCUACUACUCGACCCCUACCUAAACUUAAAAGUGGAAUACAUCAUUAACGAGUUGAUGGAAAUCAAAAAUGUUAUUUACUAUAUUUAUACAUUAUAAUAAUGCGUUACAAACGUGAUAAACUGACAAAUAAUAAUAAUUUCUUGGUGUAAAUUAAAAUAUUCAAUCAUUUUGUUCAUAAUUGUCUCUAACUAGCACUAUCGUUGAUCUCUCUCACACAAUAUAGAUUCCGCAUUUCCUUCUUUAAGCGCGAUCCAUUUAUUAAUAUGUCUAUGUGUAAACUACCUUUAGUCCGUAAUUUAAAGUGUUCAAACCCCAGACUAAGAUAUACAGGACUGGACUCGAACAAAGUUUGAGGGUGUGAAGGGUUGACUAUGAAAUGUUAUACAACUGGGGAAGUACGGCGGAAUUCUCUUUACUAACGCCGUCUUAGUGGAUACUUAUAGAACACUAUAGAUCUUACAGAUCACAUCAUCACAAAUCAUAAUAUUAUUAACUAGCUCCAGCAUAGUAAAUUCUACAUAAAAUUACUGCCUAUUCAAUCAAAUUACAAAUACAAAUCAUUUACAAUAAAUUAGCUACUAGUUACUAAUUUAAAUAGGAAAAACUUUUUAUCUUUACUACUCGAUUUGCGAUUUUCACAAUUAACAGCCAUAUUAACUUUAUGGUAGUAAAUACAUAUAUAAAUAAAAAAAUGUAUAUGUACAAAAAAUAAAUAAAAAAUAAAUAAAUGAAUAAAUGCGUCACCUAGAGUAUUAUGAUAAAUGUUUUAUACGACCGGUUUCGAAUUAAAAAUUCAUUAUCAGGUCAAAAUUUAAAACGCGAGAACGCGGAGAGCCCUUAUUGUCCUCGUGAGGGUGGACAUUAUUUAUAGAGGUCAAUUUUUUUAUUGGGAUACCCUUAAAUAUGUCUAAGAACUAUAAAAAAAAUAAUACUUACAAAAUUUGGUUAUGUUUGUUAAACUCUAAAACGUGCCGCAAGAAGUUUGAAAAUCGCUUGUAAGGAGUAGUUUGAUUAUAUUUAUUACUGACAUUAGGUCAUUAAAAUUAUUAAAAAUAGUACCUAUUUUGAUAUUUAUUAAUUUAUAUAAUAUAUACAUUGUUAUACAUUGAUGAAAAAAUUGUAUUCUUAAAUAGCGCUUUGCUUCACAAAAUCGUAUAAUCUACAUGUUCGAUGUAAUUUCAACUUAUAAUAGCUUAUAUAUAUAUAUACAAAUGCAGUGUAAUAGUAUAUUUACAAAUAUUGGUAAAACAAGAUAGUUAUACGCGUUUUGGUGGCUUUAUUAUUAUUAAUGAUAAUUAAGAAAAUUAAAUAUUAAAAACUAAUUGUUUGUUACAUUGUUAAAUUUAUCUUUUAGUAAACACCUACUUAAUUGUAAUAAUAUUAAUAGUAUUGUAUUCCUAGUGAUUAUUCUUAUUUUAAGUAAACUGUGUGUAUCUAAACGAAUAAAAUAUAUUGGUAUUUAUAGAAACGAUUGAGUACUAAGAAAAAAAGAAACGAAAGAAAAGAAAACCUAUGGUUUUACAAAGAUAUUUAUUUAUUUAUUAUUAUUUUUUCUUUUUCUUUGGACACCUUUUCUACCAGAGAUCUUACUCCGAUUUUUAAGAGUAGCAACUUUCCGAAAGGAAAUUGGUGUAGGAAUAUACUUUGGGGAGGUCAUUUUUUCGAUUUUCUUAGGAGUUUCUUAUCAAACUUGAAAAACCGAAAAAAAAACUGAGAAACAACGGGAGAAUAUAAGAAACGUAGGUAUUAGUUUAAAAUAUUACAGACUUCUUUUUUCCUCUGAACAACUUUUCUACCAUCAAUUUUGCUCCAAUUUACAAUAGUAGCUCUUUUUUGGAAAGGAAAUCUGACUAGAAAAGUCAUUUUUAGAUUUGCUCAAGAGUUUUCCCAGCAAAUGUGAAAAACUAAGAAAAACAUGGGUAAAACGGGAAAAUUCGUACAUAGAACAAAUAUUAUUAAAGAAAAUAUAUAAUUCAUAUUUAAUUAUUUUAUCAUAAAGUAUUACUAUCAAAUAUGAACUCCGCCAGAAUCGUUUUUUCGUUAACAAUGAUUUAUCUUUGCUUCCAGGUAUACAAUUAAUUACUUAUAUUGGCUGCACUCGACCCCAUUAUCGUAGGAUGAAUUUUUUUUUUUUAGACACAUUUGGAAAGAUAGACAUAUGUUAAGUUCCGUAAUUUGUCAAUCAUAUUUGUAUGAAAUAUUGUAUAUUUGAUUAAAAAAAAAAACUCCUGGGUAAAUCAAAGAAUAACUUCCCUAAAAUAUCACUCCAGUUAGAUUUCCUUUCAGAAAAGUGCUAUCAUUUGAAACAGAGCGAAAUUGCUAGUAGAAUAGUUGUACACAAAAAAAAAGGCUAUAUUUUUUACUAAUACUUACAUUUCGUACAUAUUCUGUUUUUCCGACAUUUUAUCCUGGUUUUUCCCAGUUAUUAUGAAAACCGAUUGAAAAAUCACAAAAAUGACUUCACUAAACCAUGGAGAUAAAACUUCCUUUCAGAAAAUAAGCUAAACUUGAUACAUUGGAGCAAGAUUUGUGGUAGAAAAGUUUGCACAACAAAUUGAGGGGAAUUUUGCGAUUAAAAUAGUCCGAGUAAGCGAUGGCUUGGGUUUCUAAGUAGAUCUAAAAUGCCUUUGUUUUUUUCUUGUUUAGGUAAAAGGAAAAAAAAAUGAAAACAAUUUUUUUCGUCACAAUGGUUUGAGAACUCGGAACCCCAAGGAUGAUACUAGGCAUUAAUAACCAUUAGAUCACGAUAAAUUUAUCCAAGGAGAACAAUAUAGAGUUAUUUAACAUAACAUAUAAUAUCCGCAUAAUAUCAGAACUUUAAAAAGCUAUAAUUUCGAAACUUAGUCAAUCCGCUAAAUUUUAACUUUACCAUUCUUAAAUUGACGAUACACUUAGAAAAAAAGAAAAACUAAAAAAUUAGAUUUGUUUCACAUAAAUUUUUCGUCAAAAUUUGAUACAAAAUUCCCUUAUAAAAAAAAAAAAAUUACAUUAACCUCAAUAUUUUUUUUUUACCACAAAAUCAGACUCUUAAUGAACCUUCUGUUAAAUUUUGAAACAUUUCUGUACAAGUUUAAAAAUUUUACCACACAGUACCUACUGAAUAAAUAUUACAUAUAAAACUCUUAAAAUUAAAAUGGCUAUUAUCACCUCAAAAAUGGCUUAAAUUUUUUGAAAAUGUUACCUCGUUUAGAAAAGGAAAAUAUAAAUUUUUUGUUCAUUUUCAAGUUUCUAUAAAUAUUUUUAACUGAAUUACAACAAUUAACAAAAUUAAAAAAUAAUAAAAACAUUAUUUUCGUAAAUUCCCCGUUUUUUUUAUGUUUUAUCCUGGUUUUCCCAGAUAUUAUGAAAACUGCUUGGAAAAUCAAAAUCGACUUCACAAAAUUAUCAUCUGGAUAACAUCCCCUUUCAGAAAUGAUGCCGCGCGUAUAUACCUGAGUAAGAUUUAUGGUCGAAUUUUUGUAUACAGUAUAAAAAAAGAAAAAAAGAAACAUCUUAGUAAUACCAAUACAUUCUUCGCUACACUCAGAAUCUAAAAUUAUGUGUAGCUGCUAUAUUAUAGUAUUUAUUUGUAUUCGUUUUUAAUUUUUUGUACUUUAAUCAUUAUUAUUAUUAUUAUUAUUGGAGUUCAAAAAUUGCAAAAUAUAUCUGAAUUAAUAUUUUAAAUAAUGACAAGUUGACUCGUAAAACAUUGACAGUUAUCACAUAUUUUUUCAAAUAUGACGAAGACAUAAAAUAGAUUAAUGGUACUUUUAUCGUCGAUGUUUUAUUCAUAGUUAAUACAUUAAAAAAUAAAGAAUGAAAACUGAUCAUACUAUGUUUAUUUAAUAUUUAUUAUAUUCAUGAUGAGUAGAUUGUAUUCAUUAUGUAUUUUUUUAAAUUUGUUGAUUGAAUUUACAUAAAAAAAAAAAAAAAACAAAUAUACUAAUUUAAACCCUCUAAGAAAAUCUAAAAUAAUAUCUUUAAUAUAGGUACUAUAUUAAAUAAGAAUCCAGUCUUUCAAAAAACAUAAAAUACAAAAGGGACUAUUAUUUUUCCUUAAAUGAUAGUAUAUAAAGGAAUAAUAUGUUACAAGUGGUUGCUUGUUGAUGUACUGAGAAAAAUUCCUCUUCUCCCAUAAAACACUGAAAUGAUAUCAUUGAAAGGGGGGGAAGUUAUAAUAAAUAUGACAUAAUAUGGUUUGAUAUAAAGUGCGCUGUACAAAAAUGUAUACAUUUUAGCUAUUGAGUUAAAUGCAAUCGAACCUACUUUAAAUUUCAUUAAAUAUAAUAUAAGGUAAGUAUACCGCAGACAUGUUACAUGAUUUGUUGGUUUUUUGUGCGGUUCUCUACAACCUUUAUACCAGCCAUUUAUUUUAUAUAAAACAAUUUAUUCCACAUUACAUUGAAUUGAACUUUCAUUUAAUUUUGAAAAUGUAAUAUUGGCAAUAUUAUAUUGCAAAAUUUGUGUUUUAUUUCGAUUCGGUUUUAUGCCUCACUAGCUGUAUUACCCGUGUGCAGUUUAUAUGUCUGUGUCUGUGUAUUGGUAUAAUGUUCGUAUAUAUUAUUUGGUUUGUACAUUUAUUAGUAUAAAAUAUCCUGUAUAAAUAACGUUAUUAUUAUUAUUAUUAUUGAACGAUACCCAGUUCAAAGUAAUUUUGCACACAGUAUUAUGUAGUAAAUUGAAAUUUAAUGAUAAAGUAUGACGUAUUUGGUCGUGAAUUUCGUUGUUAUUGAUAUGAUAAAUAAAACAAAAAUUAUAUUAUCUGAGAUAAUUUGGCAACUGAUGUAUGUAUAAUGUAAAAUACAUUAUAGUAUUACGUCAAUGAUGUCGUUAUUUAUAUGACUAAUCCGGUAAUACAACCGUUCAACGGGUUUUAUUCUAAAAUAUCUAUGAGCGAAUACAUUCUAGUUGAUACCUAAUCAACUAAAAACGUGGUUUUUUUCUAAAAACAAUUAUUAAUUGCAUGUGAAUAAUGUUAAUUUUGAAGUCGGUCUUGGUAUAGUUGAUGUCAAGGUGUUUCAUCAGUGUCAAAUGUUUUAUCGAGAUGUCAUUUGAUACAUCUGAAUGAAACCAGCCGUUAUUAAAUUUGCUACACAAUAAAUUAUUAUAGUAUAUUACUUAUAGCGGUUAAUAUUAAACUGACAAUCUUUUACAAAAUAAAAUCGUAAUGCUGGUCUACAAUUUCAUUUAGAAUUUCACCGAAAAAUCAUCGUAUACGACUGCAAGUAUAUAUUAUUAUUAUUAUAUUUUAUGUAACACAGUUUUAAAGUUAUAAAAUAAUACAUAGUGGUUUCUCGACCUUUAUAUUAUAGGUAUAAUUGUAUUUUGUACAUUUGAUAAAAACGAUAAUCCAUUGUUUUUUUUUUCGAUUUUUGAUCACGUAUAUGUUCCUUUUUGGAUUCAUAUUAUACACAUAAUAUGUAUUUAUUAAUUAUACGUAUUGAUAUUAUACCUACUUUACCACGUGUCGAAUACAUAAAUUAACAAUAUUGUCUUUUAUUCACAUGGUCAAUAGUUAUGUUUUAAUAUAUAGGAUCAUAUGGAUUUAAAUAAUCAAUGUAUACAAUUUAUUGCUAUCACGACCGCUAACUCGCAAUUUCACUCGAAAAGUUGAAAAUAAAUAUCAUCAAGCUUUAGAAACAGGACCGGCGUGAGGGUAGGCGGUCGCUUAGGGCGCCAUUCUCAGGGAGGGCGCUAAAAUUGCUUAUUAAAAUUGUACACGUUUUGGUUAAUAAUAUAUUUUUUUUUGAAAACAUAAAAUACUUAUAACUUAGUACUGAACCAUUGAUAAUUAUGACUAUUUCGUUUAGACUAUAGAUUAAAAUAAUAUAAGAUUAUUUUAAGCAUAAUAUUUAUUACGAUUAGUGAAUCGACGGUCACACACUUGACGUCCGUCGUAUGGACGUGAUUAGCGCUUAUCGGACGUCGCAGUUUAUUAUCGACUCGGUCACGUGAACGCUGUUUUGACGUACGUUUAUCGGAAAAAUCGUGCAUCAACUGCUGAGUUUUGUCGUUAUACAUACAAAUUAUAGUUUAAAAUUAACAGAAUUAUAAAAUGCACCAAUUAAUAAUCGUUUAAUAUUUAUGGAAUGAAUCCGCUAUUUUCGAUUCAAGCGUUUUUAUUGUCGUAAUACUCUUAUAGCGGAGUAUACAAUAACCACAGUGGCCAAAUCGUCCAUCUUGCACCGUUUUCUUGAGACUAGUAGAUGCGAAAUUCUCAACUGACGUUUUACGUUCGUGUGACUAGGGUAGUUACGUCCGAUGCAACAUACGUUCCUUCAACACUCGUGCGACCCCUAAAUAUAAAAAUUGCCGAAUAUUUGUUAUUGGUUUAUUCGGGAUCGCGUCGCACAGUCGCGACUGCAUCGCCAUCAGUUUAUUCUUGACAAGUGGUGUGCAGAGUUUCUCGAAAUUAAAACUUAUACAAAUUAAAAACAUACAUGCGAUCUACUAUGGCUAAUGAACGUCUCAUUAUCGAUUUUAUCUAUAGAAAACGAAAUAGCUGCAGAAAUUGAUUUUUCUACAGUUAUAAAGAUAGUUUUACCGAGGGGAAAUCGAGAAAAGUGUUGAUCGAUAACAAAUUUAAAUAAAUAUUUUAUUUAUGUUAUUAUGUUGUUUUUACUAUGUUCUAUUGUACACUCCAUCUUCAAUUAUUAUUAAAUUACAACCAUUUUUACAAUCCUUAUUUUUAUUAUUAGUAUAGGUAUUUAUGUGUCGAAUUUCUAAUACCUAUUAUAUCAUAUUUCGUCACAAUAAUAUGUUAUUUUAUUUUUUUUUUUUUUUGAAAUUAGACGACAACAAAUAAUGUUCACGUUGAAUAUAGUAUGACGCUACAAGGCGCCAGUUGACAUUGUAGCCUGGGGCGUUAUUUAACCUUGCACCGGCCCUGUAAUAGAGAUAGUAGUCCAGCGAUAUCGUGUGUCAUCUUAUUCUGAUUGGUUACGUAAUCUUGGUAACAUUUAAUAACCAAUAACAAAAUACGCGAUAACUUUUGGAAAUUUCCAAAAUCGGGCUAAUGAUUCAUCUUUUCUCUCGUUUGGGUUUACAAUGGUCAAUGGAUUUUUCGGUUUAUUCUCACGUUGUGCUGACUUCCCAUUUUGCAGCGACAUCCCAUUUUGUCGACAAUUAAACUGGUUUUAUAUUAGAUAGUAUUCAAAAUCUCGGCGAAUACGAGUCAGCACCUGCACGGAGGAAAUUCGUAUGUACUCGGGAGGCAAUUCGUGUUCAAAUAAUUAACCUUUUUGACCUCAGGAGGCAAAUAGUAUGCGCCCCAUAAUCUUGCCACUUUAUGAACGUUCCAUUUUGCCAAAAAAAAAAAAAUAAAUCGAUUACAUUAAUAUUUUAGAUUGGUAUUAUAAUAGUAAUGUUAUGAAACAUUUUUUUUCUUUAUUUAUUAUACUACUGUAGAUAGCUUAAUAUUUAAACCAUUCAUUAUUUUUCUCGUAGAUAUACAUUUAUUUAAUUUAAUCAAAACUGUUCAUCAAGCACAAACUUUAGAAUUUAGGUAAUAGGGAGUUUAGCAGUAUUAUAAACUUUUUUUAAAAUAUCUAUAAAUAUUAUUGGUACAAUAAAAUUAUCAUUAUUAAAGUAUUUCCAGCGGAAAUUAUACAGAAUUUAUAUUGUUUUUGUUGCAAAUAGUUUUCUCGUGAUAAUCGUAUAAUAAUUCUUACUAAUAUACCGAUAAAGUUUUAUACAUUUUUUUCAGGAAUUUAUAUUUUAUUUUUAGUAUGAGCAAUUCUAAAAAACUAGCGAUACCCCUGCGAAAACGACAACGAUGCGUUAUAAAACGAGCUGUAGUGAAAUAGGAUCAUGAGUGGGUGUAGAUCACUCUAAGCAACUAUGUUGCAGAUAAUUUAAAACAAAAUAAAAGUUGUCGGCAAAAUGGUAGUAGGAAAAAUGGAAUGUCGGCAAAAUGCGAGUAGGCGUGACGUAGGGAGACACGGUUUUUCGGUAUUAUCGGCAUAAGUUUAGUUGAUAGUGUUGCUUUGUCAACAAUAUAUGUGUUAUAUUAUGAUAAAAUAAUUACAACAAUGUGCAUUUCUAUGACAACAAUGAUUGUUUAAAAAAGAUUAAAAUAAUAAUAAAAAUAAACGGUUACCAAUGAUAACCUUAUUUUUAAUCUUUCAAUCUUUUUUAAUCAAAAAACCUGGUUUUUCUCAUUAUAUUAAUAAGAAUUUCAAAAAAUGACCUCUUUUAAGUAUCACCCAGAGAACAUUUUCUUACAGAAAAAAUGCUAUACUUAAUAAUAAGAGUAACCUUUCUGUUAGAAAAAAUGUUCACAUAAAAUAAAAAAAUUAACAUCAUUGUAAAACCAACAAAUUCCCCGCCGCUCCGCUCAAAAUCUAGAAAAUGAAAACAUUUUUAUAUUUUAUUAAUUUUAUAAUAAUAAUAUUAUCGUCACAGAAUCUUUUGUGUGUAUAACAGUAUUUCGUCAGCAUUGCGUUGUAACAAAACUGACCAAGUGCACUUGGACAUAAUUGAAUGUUACUCUAAAUGUGUGUAAGAACUCACUAAAUUCAUUGAGAUUCACAGUUGACCUUGAACUACAUUAGGUAUGGCUGAGAGCUGCGCGCUCUCUGCCCUUUGUCUCGAAACGGUUGAGUUCAUAAAAAAAUGUUUAGAAUAAAAUUUGUCAAACAUUUUAUGUUUUACAAUUUUUCUAAUAGAUGUUAACAUCAUUGGAGCUAUAGAAACCGAUUUUUGUGACCUUUGACCUUGAAUAACUUACGAAGCAGACAUAAGAUUUUAUGAGACUUUUGAGGUAACAUUUAGAACGCCAAAAUGAAGGUGUAAACAAGUUUCCAGCUUAUUAUCUUUCAUUCCAAGGUGAAACUUCUAAUAACUGGACUAUAGGUACCGUUUUUUCAUGGGCGAAAUUAAACCACCAACUCUGUGAUUAUGAACUCAUCAGAGACUCAUAGGAGCUAAUACAAUAGUUAACUACACUUUGCAUUUAUAAUUGUGUAUAUACAAAUUUAUCAUAUUAUUUUUUCAUACAUUUUCAUGCAUUGUCUGUAGGAAACCUAUAUAUUUACUUUUGCCCAUUAAUUAUGAAAUUCAUGGAUAAAAUAUUUAGUCGUUACUAUGAAAAACGCGAUUGAGUUUUUUGGGAGUGCUGAUUUUAAACUUAGGAGGGGGCUAAAGUACCCCUAGUUGUGCUCAUGCGUUUUUUAUCACCAAACGACCUAACGAACGCAUCCAUUUUAUUGGGCAAUAAUAUUAACGAUAUUAACGUGAACGCAUUCGCGUUUUCUUGACGCGAAAGUUCCAAUAUGUUUCGAUGAAUAUUAUUCGCAGUGGAAAUCAUGCCUUUCCCAACGUUAAAUCGCUUAUUUUUUUAGACAUAGCCCGCCAGUCACUCUCUAUGGUACAAAAAUUCCGUCCACUUCAACAGUUAAGUAUCUUGGCUUAACCCUUGACCGUAGGCUAACAUGGACCCAACAUACACGUGUUAAAAGACUCCAACUAAAUCUCCGACUUCAUAUGCUUAAAUCCUUACUAUUCAAUAACAAACACUCCAACCUUAAUAUAAAACUACUAAUGUAUAAAUCCCUCAUUAAACCCAUUUGGACCUAUGGUAUCCAANAACAUACACGUGUUAAAAGACUCCAACUAAAUCUCCGACUUCGUAUGCUUAAAUCCAUACUAGUCAAUAACAAACACUCCAACCUUAAUAUAAAACUACUAAUGUAUAAAUCCCUCAUUAAACCCAUUUGGACCUAUGGUAUCCAACUCUGGGGAAAUGCAAAAAAAUCUAAUACAAAUCGUAUUCAGACUUUUCAAAAUAUAACACUAAGAAAAUUAACAAACUCCCCUCUUUAUGUUUCUAAUCAUACUCUCCACACUGACCUAAAAAUUAAAACUAUUAAAGAAGAAGCAACUAUUUAUUAUAAAAGAUUGCAUAAUAGGCUUGCAACUCAUUCAAAUCCUUUAGUUAAAACACUCUCAUCAAUUGUUAUUCCGGGAAAUUCUACUAGGCGAUUAAAACGCAACUGGUGCAGAAAUAUGCUGACUUCAUUGCAUAAUACUAAAAAAAAAAAAAAAAAAAAAAAAAAAAAAAUGUAAUNCCUAAAAAUUAAAACUAUUAAAGAAGAAGCAGCUAUUUAUUAUAAAAGAUUUCAUAAUAGGCUUGCAACUCAUUCAAAUCCUUUAGUUAAAACACUCUCAUCAAUUGUUAUUUCGGGAAAUCCUUCUAGGCGAUUAAAACGCAACUGGUGCAGAGAUAUGCUGACUUAAUUUCAUAAUAUUAAAUAAAAAAAAAAAAAAAAAAAAAAAAACCAAUCAAUAAAUAUAGAUGUGUCUAUGAGAAAGCUUAAUUUAUAAGUGUCAUCACUGGGUGGCUGCUUUUAUCAAGCUAUUCAUGUUUAUUUUAUUAUAUUUUAGCUGAUACUCUUGUUGUACCAACGAGGUACAGACUGUGUAUUUAAUAAUAAAGGAAAAAAAAAAAAAAUCGCUUAUUUUAAAUAUGUAUUGUUUUCAUUAUUUUUUUUUCAAGAUGAUAAAAUGGAUCUGUUGUGGUAAAUCGUCGUCGUCGUCACCGGAUGAACAAUAUCCCAACGAUAAUAUGAGUUGUGCGGUUACUGUAGACGAUCUACGGAUGGACCCCCUAUCGCGGAAAUGUAGCAUGAGCAGUGGGAGCAGCGCCGAGAGUGUGUCGGACGAAGAUCGCGACGUGGCCGCGGUGGCCGAUGUCGUUGUCAACGAUAUGGCCGGAGGUGUCAGUGGCCACGACGACCUGCACCACGGUCGCGAGACAGCGCACCGGGCGCCCGACUCGGAUAUCCAUACGGACGAUUGUUCGUCGGACGAGAGCAACGGGCCGAGCUUUCCUGCCGGAGUCAAGAGAAUGGAUUCCGUUUACGACUUCUCGUUGGACGAAUCGUACAAUCUGCCGCCGUGCAACAGCAGCAACAAUAACCUGUUCGGGCCCGACACCGAUCUGACCAAAGUGGCGCGCAAGCAGUUGCGCAUGAUCAGGGAAGUGGAUGGCGUGGCCGUGUGCUAUCUGAACCACACGAACACGAUCAUUAGCAAAAUACUCAGUUCCAAAUACUUGAGGCGAUGGGAGAACCACCAGAUUCGCAUAGAAGACGAUUGCGUGACGUCCAACACGGUAAGUACCUAUUUUUUUCUGCCAUAAUUGCGAAAUGCGAUUUGUAAAAUCACCAAUAAUUGGCCAAAAAAAAUUGAAAAAACGAUAACAAUGUCGAUUUGCUCGUACAAUAAGUAUUCCAUUUUUCGUGACGUUCUUUUUUUUUUUAUAUACGUAAAACCGUAUACUUUAUAGGUAUACCAAUUCAAAGUUGGCUAACCUGUUUUAACGAUGAAUUAUAUUUUCUAAAAACAUCGAUUGCUGUUUUAUUUACGAAAAAUAUAAAAAUGAGUGAGUUUACACUGAGUCAUAAACUGGGCGAGAUUAUACACUGGCAUUUUGAUUACGACCGACUCACUCCGUGUGAACUCAACUUUAGUAGGUGUAUGUUAAUUUAUUUUUGUAAGCCAACUAACUUAUCUUGUUAUGUUCAAUUUAAUCGGUGGGUUUGGUGUAAAUAAUACACAUUAAGCCAUUUCAAAUUGUAUUAUACCUAGUUCACAGUUGUAGAUAUUUUUUUAAUUCACCUAUUCGUACAAUCUUUUAUUUUAACAACAUUUCUUCGACCAGCCAGUAGUUUAUCUUCACUAAUACUAUAGUAAAAUCUAUAGUCAAUAAUACUAUAGUAAUUAAGUAUAUCCACUCUGAUUAUUUCGUUUUACUUUUAAUUAUUACUACAAUAAAAUUAUCAUAGACACCUACUUGUAUGAAAAUAAUUUCAAGUACCUAAAGUAUUUCAAUUUAAAGUAAUACGAUCUAUAAAAUAAUAUACAUAGUUGUUAUUACGAUUAUGACGUCUUGUUAUAAUCAUUUUUUGUAAUUGUAUACGUAAUUAUUACUUAUUACAUUUUUAAGCUAAAUACGAAAAAUUACAACACUAGUUAGUAGUUUAUUAAUUUAUUAUUUUUCGUUGGUUUUUGAAAAGUGUGUCUUUUUUUACAUCAGUGUGACAUGUACAAAUUGACAAUGAAUUUAUUAAAAAAGAAAAUCGCACAAUUUAAAAUUUAUUUAUAACGUUUUAAUAGAAAACGAAAAGUUAAAAUAAUGUUUAAAAAACAUUAUGACGGUAAACCGAAAAAAUAGAAUAACGUUCUAAUAUACAUUAACGUUAAACAUUCAAAUUGCAUAACGUUUAAAUACCCGAAAACUUGAAAAAAAAGAUAAUUUGAUUAUAAAUUUAAGCCUUGAUCAUAACAUUAUUUCUUUAAUUUCAAUCCGGCUAUUUGUAAAACGAUGCUUUAAAUUCAACUUUUUCAAUUGUCAAUUUGUUCUACGCGUUAUGGUUUAGAUCCUCAGAAAAGGUCAUUUUUUUGAGUUUCCAAACGGUUUUCAUAAUAAUUGGGAAAAACCGGAAAAAAACGUAGAAAAAACGUAGGAAUAAACGGUCAAAUAUUUACGGCGUUACCGAUUUCAUUAUUUUUAAUUUUAGAUUCUGAUUGCUGAGAGUAGCGGAGAAUGUAUUGGUUUUACAAAGGUCUUUAUUAUUAUUUUUUUUUUUCAUGUGUACACUUUUUUUACCAGAAAGCUUACUCCAGUUUAUACGAUGUAGACUCUUUUCUGAAAGGAAAUUUUCUAGAGGUGGUACUAUAAGGAGGUCAUUUUUCGAUUUUUUCAGGAAUUUUCUCAUCAAAUGGGAAAAACCCAAAAAAACUGAAGAAAAAACGGGAAAAUGAACGAAAUAUACGUAUUAGUAUAAAAUAUUACUAUAUUUUUUUCCUGUGGACAACUUUUACCAGAAAUUUAGCUCUGAUUUACAAUAAUAGCACUUUUUCUGAAAGAAAAUCUGACUGGAGAAGUACUUUAUAGGAGUAAUUUUUCGAUUUUUCAAAGAGUUUUUCCAGCAAAUGUGAAAAACAUGGGAAAAUCGGGAAAAUCGGUACAGUUUUAAACAAAAAUGUUUUAAAAAAAUGUAUAAUACCUAUUUAAUUAUUUUACCAUAAUAUGACAUAAAUUUUAUUGACAAAGCAUCACUAUCAACUGAACACCACUCAGAAUCGUUUUUUCGUUAGCAAUGGUGUAUUGUUGCUUACAGAUAGAUAUUAAAUUCCCUACUUUAUCCUACCUUCCAAAUUCUUUUCUAUAAUAGUGACUGCACCCGUCUCCAUUAUCCUAAGACAGCUUUUUGUAACUGUUGUAAUUUUAAAUGUUUUCUACCAGAAAUGAUGUUCCAAUAGACAAAUGUCAAGAAACCUUUUUUUAUUUAGAUCUAGUAGCUCACGAAGAAAGUCGUAUUUUGCUUAUCUAUGUAUAAAAUUAAUAAAUUCACCGCGUUACGAUUUCAUUAUUUUUAAUUUAUACGGUUUACUUUUUUACCAGAAAUAUUGCUCCAAUAGAAAAACAACUAGAAUCUUUCAUGUUGCGUUUUUAAUGUAACUGGUGAAUGAUUGAGUCAUUUUCUGAUUUUCCAUGUAGUUUUCUUAAUAAUUGAGUAAAAUUGGAAAAAACAACAUAGAAAGAACAUCUGUUAUCUGUUUAUCUGUUGAUAAAUUUACAAAAAAAAUUAUUUCAUGUUUUUUAAUUUCGUUUUUUUUUUCAAUUGAAAAUAUUUGUAAGCACUUAAAAUAUUGACAGAAAAUCUAUAAUGGCCUUUUUUACAUGUGAUGUGGUAAAAUUUCCGAAUCAUUUGAGCUUUUUAUUUGGUACGUACUCUGUAGAUAAAAUGUUAGACUAAACUGUAAUGCAUGAAAAUUCAACAGGAGUUUGAUAAAGUCGUAAUAUGUGAUAAAAAAAAAACUAUCCAUUUUAAUGUAGUAUUUGUUUUUAAUAAGAAUUUUAAUAUCAAAUUUUAACGAAAAUCGUAAAUUUUACGGCCUUUCAAAACAUGUAUAACCGAACUUCGCUCCGAAUCGUUUUUCGUUAGGAUUCUUAACGAAGAAUCAAGACAUAUUCAAGGACAUCUAUAACAACUACGCAUCUUCAUAAUUUGGCAUUGAUAUCAAUUGAAAGGGAGUUCAGUUUGGAGUUAUUGCGAGAUUCUGCAAAAAUUAUUGACGAGUUUGCCAAAAUGAAAAACAGAAGAAUUAAAUUUACUAAAUAAAUAUUAUAAAAAGUUAUUUUAUAAGAAUACAUUAUAAAAAUGACUACAAAGUAGUAAGUUCUACUUAAAAAAUAAAUUAAAGUUUUUCUUAAAAAAAUUGUGUAUCUUAUACAAAUUAUUCUUAUAAUCGAGCCCGUCCCUAAUUUUUACCCUGGACAAGCCCCCGGUUAGGAAUGGUUUACCUUUGUUUGUGAUCUUCGAUAUGAAAAUACUGAUAGUUAAUAAGACGUAUAUAAGACGUAAUAAGACGUAGUAAACAUUUUCCCUUCUUCUAAAAUUAUAUUAUUAUAGUCGAUAUCAAAUAAAUCUAUAAUGUUUUAGAUACUGUUGUACACAAUCUGUAUCCGAGUGAUGACGUCAAUUCCGAGUCCCAAAAUUUCCCAAGAAAAAUAAACGAUUACGUAUACUUAUAGUAGUUUUUAAAAUAUUAGAUCAUAUUAUGUAAAUACUCAAAAUAUAAAACUACAUAAGAAGUAACGCGUUUUACUGUUUUGUAAAUUACAAACGAAAAUAAAUACCAGCCAAUGUCAAUACAGAGCGUAUCCGAAUUCGCUUUUACACACAUUUUGUAACUGUAACAUUUUCAAUAUAAUACAGAGAGAUAAGAAUAUAUUAUAGGUCCUAUAAUAUAUUAUAUUACAAAAAUAGGUAUUCGUUUUGACUAACUAACCCGUCUUCUAACCUGUCUAACGCACGAGUGAUAAUAAUAAUUAGAGCAGAGGACACGUACAAGUAGAUCCAAAAAAUCCAUUAAAUAUGCAAGCAUUUGUGUAUUUAAAAACCUUAAAAUAUGCACUCAAAAUAGGUUCUUAAAAGUAAAAAUUGUUUUCUAGUGCUUUAUUUUAGAUAUUAUUUAUUUAAAAACCAUCUAAAAUAAGAAAAACGAUUAACUACCUAAUUGAAUUAUAUGCUUAUAAUGCUUAUUGAAUUAUAUGUUGUCUUGAUGGAAUUUUCACUUUUCGUUUGUAUUGAUUAAAUUAAGUCGUUGAUACAUUACACUGAUUAAAUAAUUAUUAAUUAUAUUUAAUUUGACAUUUCAUUAAUAUUUUUAGUUUUGAUAAAUGUUACUUCUUAAGACAUUUUCAAAACAAAUUCGAAAAAACUCAAAAAAGAAUUUUAAAAAAUCUACAAAUGUACCAAUAAAUAAAACGACCUUAAUAUUAUACAACACGAAAUUAUAGAUUUGGCUUUGUUAUAAAAUGGAAUAAAUUUUACGAUUGCACAAAAUAAAUAUACAAACGGUAAAAGUCCUCUGCCCUAAUUAUAAUGCACCGGUCACCGACGAUUAUGGAAUCUAGGAAAAAAUGUCCACAUUCAAAAACCUUGAAAAAUGCAUUCAUAUAAUUUUAAUUUUCAAUAAGAAAACAUUUUUAUACCUAUUAGAAUAUUUUUAAAUUUGGGCAGUAUUUUUCUCGUAAUUUUUCUUCAAAUAAAUAUAUUUUGUUAUGAGAACAUUGAUAGAAUACCACGAUUACAAUAAUUCGUUGAUUCUAGUGUCAGUUCUAUUUCUGUUUAUUUAUUAUAACAGAUAUUUAUGAGCCCGUUAUAAUAUGAUUUUAUAUUUUGGCCACCAUAGAAAAUCAACAUGUCACAAAAUCAAAUUAUAAUACCUAUAGGUAUAGCUAGUAGAAUUGAGUAAUCAACUUAUUAUUAUAAUAUAUUAUUAAUUUACCAACAUAAUAUAUACAUUAUGAAUGCAUUAUAUAUGAGUACGUAUUAGGUUAAUCUUGGAAAAAUAAGUAGGUACCUACCUAUUUAGAUAAUACGCAUCUAACAGGUAUUAAGUUUUCAGGUUCAUUAAAUCGAAACGUACACAUACAAAUGAUACAAAAUAAGUUUUUUUUUAUAAAUACUCGUGUAUAUAUUUUUAUAUUUACUAUGCGUAUACGCGUCAAACUGAUAACACGAAUGAAACAAUAAACUGCGUUUUAAUAUUUUUUAUAGAUAAGGUACUUUUCUACAUAUGUAUUUUUAUACAUAAUUUUAGUAUAAUAAUAUCCAUAAACAUACGAUUGAUAAUUUCAUUUGAAUAAAAACAACUAACCGAAUUAUUAUAACAAUAAUUGAACAAUGCGAAUAAAUUACAGGAAACCGAACUUGAUAGAUACGAUUUUUAUAAAAUAAUUAUUAGAAAUAAGUUUGAGUAGAUAUGUUCUACGGAUCAAACGAUAAAAAAUUGUUCAUUAUUGAAUAGGUAUUUAUAAUAUACUGAGUUAUUUUUUUAUUAUAAACCAUAAUUUUAUUUCUGUUUUUUCUAAUCAUUAUGAAAUCGUUUAAGCUUUAUUUUAAAACCAUUUUAAAUUUUUUACCUCUACUUUAUGUACCUUAAAUAAGUGCAUACUUUUGAUUUUCAAAUAAGAACCACCCGCCCCCCCCCUUUUGAACACUGAUUUGAAUAGAGAAUAUUUUUCUAGAAAUUUUUAUAUGCAUAACACUAAUAUCAGAUUUACCGUUUAUGAGUUAUAACUUAGAACAGUUUAAAGUUUAGACCAGAGGAGUAGAGAAGGGUCAUAUAUAGGCAAUUUAUUACCCUUCCUUACGCCUCCCAUUUAAAAUUUAAACUAUUAUAACUCAUGAACGGUAAAUUUGAUAUUAGUGUUAUGCACAUCAAAAUUUCUAAAAUAUUCUCUAUUUAAAUCUGUGUUAAAAAGAGGAGGGGUUCUUAUUUGAAAAUCAAAAGUAUGCACUUAUUUAAGUUAUAUAGAAUAUGGGUAAAAAAUUUAAAUGGUUUUAAAAUAAAGCUUAAACAAUUUAAUAAUAAUAAGAAAUUUCAAAUUCACUUAAAAUCCUUUGAGAUAAUUGCUGGUUUAUAAUAAAAAUCACCCUGUAGAUACUUACCGUACACACAUCUCAAUAAAAACUGUAGAUAUAUAACAUUAGUGGAUAUACAAAAUAAUAAUUACAUAAUAUUUUACCGGGCUUAUACAUAACCCAUUUAUAAGAAAUGCACUGCACCCCCUAGAAAUGUGGGAGAAGACGUAUGAUUUAUGGUACGAUGUCGUUUGGUAGUAUCAAAUGUAUAAUUUUUAAUGCAUCAGUAGUUACUUUUUAAUAUUUAAUUCGUUAUAGGAUGACGAUAUAUAUUUAUUAUAAUUAAUAUAUCGAUAAUAUUAUUAUUCUUUUUAUCUUUGCUAACCGUACUAGUGGCCAACGUCGAAUAAAAUGUCUAGUAGUGUGCCCACCGGACGAAAUUUAAGAACUCACAAAUGAGCCCUUUAUAUACAUAUGAUGUAAAUCUGUGUACUACAAUAAUUUUUAACGAACAUUUUCUAUACUCUUACAUUAUAAAACGAUGACCCCCAUAAACGUGACCCUAUGUCUUUUUUACUGGUUUGUCAGUGGCGGUGUUGGUGUUUAAAAUACACAAGGGUGAUCAGAUUUAGACAUUAUGUCUGUACUCUCAACAUCAAUUGUGCCAACCCACUAUAGAUCUGGGUGUGUCUACAGAGUCAUCUACUAAUACCAAUUACUAAUCUAGUAAUCUACUUUACGAUAUUGUUAUUCAGUUCUAUAAGAAAACAAAAGAUAAAUAAUGUGUGUAUUUAACUAAUGUAAAUAAAUUGAUACCAUAGGCUACUAACUGCCUAAAAACGGAUUAAACUUUUAAUGAGGCUUAAUGUAUGUAUCUACAAUCUAUUACUACUUUCUAUGUCUUCAAACUGUCUGCACAUAUUUGACAAUUUAAAAAAAUGAUUGGUUUUAUACGGUAUAAUAAUAUUAUAUACCCGAGAAUCAUGAUUUAAUUUAAAUAAACUUUGAGCUAUUAUAAACGAUUUUAAAAAUAAUACAUUUUUACAGAAAACCUGUUCAGAAGCAAAUACUCAAUCCCAGAGCUAUACAAUUCGAUAGAAGUAGUUUGCACCGUUCCCACAACAACUUUCUUUUCGAUUUAUUCGAUUGAAUUUCUUUUGAUGAACUAUCUACAAUGUCCUUGUUAAUUGCACUUUCCGUGUAAGUGUAAUCCACAGUUAUGAGAUCAGCGUCCGGAGGCUGAGGAUAAUAGCAAUGGCACGUUGCAGACCGAAUGAUAGCUGUCGUCGACGGAUUGACGUUGUGUAGUUCUUUAUUACAUGUAGUGUGGAUUUCCACUGUCGUCCAUAUUCUGACGUUUGAGAAAUUACAGGAAUUCAUUUGGGGAUGGAAAAAAUUUCUGUUCCUUUGAAUUUUCGGAAACGACGAUUUUACGGUUGUAUUAUGGCCAAAUGCAGUACGUGGAGUACCACCGCGAAUGAGCUUCGUAUUCGUUGAAUUCGUGUUAAUACGAAUAAUAUAUGUAAUGAUUAUUUAUGAUGUUAUGUAUCGUUAAUAAUAUAUAAUAUGUAGUUGCGAUAUCGACUAAUAAAAAAAUUAGAUUAUUAUGUUUCGCAGUUGUUGCCUUGUAACAAGGUAUACACGCAACGUAUCGUAUUAACACGAUAAAUUGUGUAAAGAAAAAUCCAAACCAGAUUGACGCAAAACCUUCUUUUUCUUUUAAAGAAAAUGUUUAUAACGAUUAGACAACGAACAUAAUUUAAAAUAAAGCAUACCAUUUCGAACGUCCGGAAUAUAGUUGAGCUGGUACCUCUAAUAACAUACCGGUAUCACUGCGGUUAAUUUAUUUUCGGUCGUUUACUAUAACGACCGUCAGUAACUCAAGUCGACUUAGUGUGAACGCAGCUUAAGAUAAGCUCACACAUGUUAUUACAUACAUACGUAUUCUGUGUAUUGCCCAGUAAAAUCAAUCCCCAAAAUCAAUUGAAAUCAAGCUGAAUGUGUUUGAUUGAACUAAGUACAAUUAUUUAAGUUUUUGAAGAAAACAAUCGAUUUUUUUUUUAAAUCUAUUUACACAAACUUGAUAACGAUGUAAUAUAUUCUUUUAUUAUUUGUGUUGCAGUUAACCGGAUUUUUAAGUAAACCUAUUGGAUACGAAGCAAUAGAAAGUAUAUAUGCAAUACCACGGUGGGACUCAAAUUUUAGAUACUUUUUUCGUAUAGUUGUCAGCAUUGGUUCUUAUUUGAUACAGGUGAUUUAUACUCGAUUUUCUUUAAACUUUUAUAAAAUAUUAUUUGAACUAUACUAACACUAGUUAAUAUAAAACCAGAUGGUGCAUUCUGGAGUGACCUGGAAUUGUAAACAAAUUGAAAACUACCUCUCAUUAAUGUGGCCACGGAUAGAAAAAAAAAAUAUUUUUCUCUUCAACGAUAUUUUCAUUGAAUAUCAUUUUGACUAUCGCAAACAUACGAGCCCGCAAAAUGUGGACUUGUUUUAAUGGUUAGAUGUAAUUUUUAAGGGGAAACCUUAGCAGAUGUGUUUUAAAAAAUACGCUGAAUAGAGUAAACCAGUGUGAAAAUAUGACAAACUGGUUUACUUUUCUUUAACUGGCGUAAAACUUUAAUUGUUAUUGACUCAAUUUAUCCCCACCACAAUACCUGAUAUUUCCCCAUAUUCAAUUUGUAAAUUUCUUAUCAUAUUUUAAGAAAAAGAAAAUUACGAUUUUAGGUAUAGUAUUAGGUAUUGUGAACUGUGUGCACAGUUAGUUUUAUCUUGUAAAGUAGCCACACUGAUUUGAAGUAGUAUUCGGUUUGUACCUGAACAUUUUAGAGGGUUGCAGGGUAGUUAGAAAAAUGGUAAGGAGCACAGUAAUUUUGUUAAAUAUUGUCCUGCAAACUUGGAGAAAAAUAAAAACUAUAAUAUGGUAGGUAUUUUAAUUUUUAAUAACUUGUUAUACUAUGUUGUUAUACAAUAUGUUGAUGUGACGGUGCCUUAAUGAAUAAUAUUUUUAAUUGUUAUAACUAAUAAAUAUCUUAAAUAAUAUUUUGUAUAAUAUGGUUAUUAUGUAUGUAUAUUUUGAUUUUAACGUAUAUGUAAGAUGUAAAAAUGAAUAACAAAGAUAAAAAUAUCGCAUCCUUGAAAGAAUAAUGACCGUCGGAAAUUAAUGUUUAAGACCUAGGUAGAUCACCAACAGGUUAAAAUGUUAUAUUCUCUUUAUGUGGUAAUUAUUAAUUAGUAAUAGUUUAUUUUCAAUAGAAUAUUUAUUUACCAUCCACAAAUCACUAUAAGUUAUUUAUUUUUUUAAUAUUGGUGUCACUCUAUACUUAGUUAAAAAAUAAUUUCUUAUUAUUACUACGGUACUUAACUUCGAUUUUGGAGUAAUAUUCUGUUCGACUCCGAAGGCGUAAUUGAAAACCCGGAGUGCAUCAUUUGGUUUUAUAUUAUAAUAUGUGAUAGGUACUAUUAAUAUCACUCACACAUGAGACGUUAAUUUGCAUAACUAAUACGCCGUACAUUUUUGAUUUUUUCUACAGACUACCAAUCAGUAUUUAAGAGAUCAAUUGAUGUAUUCAAUCUUAUGGAAGGUUUGUUUUAAAUCGUAUUUUAUUUGGAUAAAUUUCAUUAAUGAUGUAUACUUUUACAGAAAAAUGUUUAUGAAACUCAAACAAUCUUAAAAAAUCAAUCCGAUCCAGAUAAUAUGCUAAACGAAUUACAGGUACCCGAAGAAUAGUAAUUAAUUACAUUUUUGUUAAUUUUUUCUAACUUCGAGUGUUAAAAAUAAUUUAAAUUUUGAACAGAGAAUAGUUGAAUUUGCUAAAAACAUACCGUUGGUCGAUGAUGAAAUAUUUCAUAUGCCCACUUUCAUUGCGAGUACAUUAAUGGCAAGAGUAUGUUUCAAAUGUUGUACUUUAAAAUAUAUAUGUAUAUAAAAUAUACAUAUUUCUUUUACAAUUUUACAACUAAUAUUGUGAAAUAUUUCAAAAUACAGGAUCAGAAAAAGUAUUGUAAACAGUCGUGGGAAAAAGCACUAAUCGGCACGUUAAGUCCGUUGAUCGAAGACUGUCCUACGUCCGCCGAAAUGUGUUCGUUUUUAUCGCAUCAUUGCAAAGACCAAAGUAGUCUACCUAUCUUUAAAGAUACCCUACUUCACACUAUAUCGAGAAUACUAAAACAUAAUUUUGUAAGUAAAAAUAAUAGUAUUUUUUUUUUCUAUGUAAAAGUAACGUACGUUACAACUAAGUCUGUUUAUAAAAUGUGUAGGACCAGGCAACAUUACUAACAGCUCGUACACUGGUACAGGAUUAUAUCAAGGCGCUUUAUAUUCAGGACCAUAGUGGUGAAUCAAUUAGAUUUUUUUUAUCAAAGUAAUACAAUUCGAUGAUUUUUUUAAUUUGUUAAUAUAUUAUAAUCAAUAUAUUGCAUUUUUGCCAUAUUCUUAAUCAAAAUAACACUAUGUUUAGAGUCCACAGUAAAAGCGCCGUUUGUCCGCACAACAAGGUACUGCCGAAUACGGUUUCCAUCUGUAUUACCGCUAUAUACUCCGCGGUAGAAGAGUUGCCGGUUAAUAGUUCGGAAGCCGAAUUCGAAUACUAUUACAUUAACCACUUGAGAUGCUACAUUGUUGUUUUUCAAAACAUGUAAAUUAAUAAUACAUUGAUCGUUAUUCUUUAAUCUCUAAAACCACCAUCCACCUAUUGAAAACAAAAGUAAUAUUAAUAUUAAAAAUUAUAACUAUUAUUAUUGUCAAAUAGAUCAGAAUACAGCGAUUGGCUGUACGGACUUGCUCAACUGUUGCGUCCGUUACCGUUUCCAAGAUCGCUUCUUACUCGUUCAAUUUUUAUGAAGUAUGUAUUUUUUUUAUUUAUUUAUAUUAUAUACGUAUUACACUAUUACUCAUUAUACUGUAUAAUGAUACAUUCGAUUAAAUAUUGAACUUUUAUACCUACGAGAAAAAUAUCUAUAUGGAUAUAAACAUAUUAUGACGAGCCACGACACAUUCAUAUAAACUCCUUGUGUUGUGGACAUUUGGUAAUUCCACUAUAUAAAUAACAUGGUAAGAGAAAAGUUGUCCUACGCAAAACAGUUUUUACAAUCGAAUUACGGGUGUUGCAACAUCUUAACAUAUUCUUAAUAAUAUAUUCUUCUUAUUCUUCUUCUUUUUUGAUAUCGGCUAAUAGUUCAGACCAUACCACUUGUCGCUAUCAAGAGUUGUUUAAAUUAAAUAUAAACUUUAGUGGUCCCUUGGCAAAGAUUUUAAUUAAAUAGAAGGGCACAAAUAGUUCAAUUAAUAAUAAUGCAGGUAAUUUCGUAACUCAUAAAUUUAAAUAAAUAAAUACAAAUUAAGAGUAAAAUAAAAAAUCAAUUACCUAUAUCACAUUGGUAUGUCCGAACAAUAACAAUAAUAAUUGGUGUUAACACCGUUAAAUACAUAAUUUUAUAUUGCCAUCAAUUUCUAUCCUUUGAUAUUUCCUUUUAUUGAAUGCUUGGCUCCAUUAGCUUUGCAUAUUUUUUUAAGACAAUUAACUAACAGUAUUCCUCAGUGUUUUUUUAUCAUCGUACAAUAUUUCCCAAGGUGUGUCCAUUCUCCAUUAUAUAAUCUCCUUUACUAUAUCUGGCCGCUGAAAGAAGUUUUUAAAACUGUUGAUAUGUUAUUUCCUCCAUAUCGAUUGUGAUAAUAAUUAAUAUACUUAUUAAAAUAGUGUAUAAUGUAGUAUGUUCUAAACUCUUUUAUAUAUAAUCAAUUUGCACUAUUAGUGAACAACACAUUUCAAAUAUGACAUUUUUGUAAAGAAAAUUCCAAAAGAGUUUGACAACCAUUUUGAUUCUGACAUCAUAAUGGUUAAUCGACAACCGCUUGAUUUCUAUUGUAUGAUCACUAUUUAUUGUUUCGUAUUAUCAUAUAGAAUGGCAACCACGCGGCUUAUGAGAAUUCGAAUUUACGCUACUUCAACACUAAUAAUUAUCUAUUGUUAUUUUAUUAUAUUUACCAGGGACAUGUCUUCUGUGAUAUUAAAAAUAGGACUGCACGAAAAUUGUGAAAUCCAUAAACAGGUGUUAGCUCUUCGCGAGACAAAAGAGGGUUGGUUUGAUACGUGUUCACCAAUACAAGCUAUGUUCUCCGACCGUUCACAUAUUUGGACUCAAUUGGUAAAAUAUCUUCUUGUAUAUAUUGUCGUUUACUAUUACUAAAUUUAUUAUGAAUCACAAUAUAUUAAGAUUAACUCUGUCUUAUCAAUAUUUAAAAAUAUCUUAAAAACAAAACAUAUUCUAAAAUAUGAAGUUUUAAAAAGAAAUUAACAAACAAAUACAAUGUAGUUUUUUUCUAUUUUUGAAUAAUUUAUAACUAAAUUUAGGUAGGUAGGUAUAUUUAAUUAUGAUUCAUAGUUGACAACACACUACAUAAAAUAGUUAUGAUAGUAAAAUAAUAAAUAUACAUACAAUAUAUUACAUAUUAUUCUUAAUUAUACGAGUAUUACAAAUAUUAGGUGUCCUACAGUGUUUUAUCCUAAUGUUAAUAACUAUUAAUAUUCAUUUUUUUUUUCAAUCCGGUUUUGUGCGAGGGGGGGCCCAUAAUUAGAGAAAUAUUAAAUUUGUAUUUCUAUCCCUUCACCAACUGAAAAAAAUACAUUUUUAUUUUUCAACUUUUUAAAAUGUUCAAAAUAGCCAUUUUAUAAAAUAUAUUAUUUUGGAAAUUUCAAUGUAACAUACAUUCAUAUUCGAUUAAUGGUUUCUUAGUUAUAGUGGCUUAAAUGUACAGAAAAUGGUUGCGAAAACAAUUAAUAUUUAAUAGAAGAUAAGGAAUUACCAUAUUGACUGUGAUUUCUUAUCGCGUAACGUGUUAUUCUGUUGAAAAUUAAUUGGUUUUAGGUCAAUUUUCUAGAAAUUAAAUCGGCUAUUACUAAGAAACAAUUGUUUGAAUAUGAAUGUAAGUUACAUUUAAAUUUUAAGAAUAAUAUAUUUUACAAAAUGGCCAUUUUGAAAAUACCAAUUGAAGUGAUAAAAUGCAUUUUCUUUUUCAAUAACUCAGGGAUGAAAAUAAAAAUUUAAUUUUUCUCUACACAUGUGUUCCCCUCACACAAAACACGAAUGAAAAAAAAUAAAAUGAAUAUUGACAGAAUUAUUAGCAUAAGGAUAACACUGUAUAACACCCUAUAUAUGACCGAUCAUUUAAUGUACAAAUAAAAAUAAAUAAUCACAUUACAUUAAUUAUAUUUGCUAAAUCUUUAUGUAUUGUGACUAUAUUUAAACAAUUAUACACUUCUUAAGCAAUAGACGGUCAGUUCAGUCACAUAAUUUGUAUUAUUGUUAUUACGUUAACUAACGUAAAUACCUAUACUAUGCUUACUAUCUAUAAAUGGGCUAUAAUAAUAAUAAUAAAAUAACAUUUUAUUAUGCAAUUUAGCUUAAAACGUUAAUGGCUUGCGAGCGUUGCAAAAAAAAAAAACUAUUGAAUCACUUGAAAGCCAAGCAUUUGGGCACAUGCGUUUCUGAAGCGUUAAAAAAUAAUAGGAUUGUAAUGGACGUUUUGUGCUUAAUGCUCGAGUGGAUGGUCGUCGAUGACUUGCAUCAAAGAAGUCAGAUUGUCGACACACUCAAUUCCAACGAACUGGGUAAAAAAGUCUACGAUGAUUUUAUGUCGCGGCAAAAUCAACUAAUCGAAUUGGUAAUAUUAUGUUAUUGAUUAUAUACUAUUUAAUGAAUUUAUAUUAAAUUCUGUUAAUUUAUUGAAAAACAACCAGCUGCAUGUUGAAUUUUGACUAACUAUGGUACCAUGAUUUGUAUACAUUAAUUGUUCCACUAAUUUUAUAUGCAUACAUCUACCAAAAUCCGUACCGUGUAUACGUAUAUAAGUAAAAUAUAAUGACGUAAAAUGUCCUUUUUCUUUAAAUUCUUCAUUUAUACUAUUUUGAUAAUUCUCCCUACAGUGGGUUUUUUCAUUAUUUUACACUAUUAAAAAUGUCCAUUUGCCUUGCCUUGCCCAUUCAUCUUAAUUCAGAUUGAGCGGUGGCCUCUCAAAACCAUUGUCACUGACAAUUACACACUUUACAAUGGUUCAUUGGCGAACCUAAAAUUGUACAUACACGGUGAUCUAUAGUGUUAUCCUUAUACAGUGGUCGCCGCUUAUAGAGAUCACAUUUGUCCGAGAAUAUUUUUGAUCACUAUAACUGGAAUUCGCUAUAAGCGGCGACUCGAAAAGCAGGUAAAAAAUUUCGGAAAAUAAAUAAUUUUACAUAUAUACAUACGUUUUAUAGGUUCUUUCAAAAAAGUAGGUGAUGUUCGACUGUUCUUUUUAUAUAGAUUUAUUGGGGCCCCAAAAUCUCACUUUGCCAACUGACCCACAAGUUGCACCACUGGUUUGAAUUGCAUCAGUCAUAAAAUUUGUUUGUCAGUCUGUCAGUCAUUAUUAGUCACAUAUAUGUAUAUGGUCAAUCUUGAACGACAAUAAACGUAAUUGACAGUCAAGACUGACAGUAUAUGGGGAGCUUUAUAGGUGGGUUACACUUACAUUAGAUUGGAUUAGGUUCGUAAAUUAAUAAUCGUCAGGUUUUUCUUCCUCAUGUGUAUUAUUAUAUAAUUUCUAUUUCUGAUAUGAUUAUUUAAAUAUAACCGAAAAUCUGAAUGCAAUAAACGGCGAAGAUGCACUGAUAACUACUGUUUGUUCCGUUCCUAGCAUUUCCGAUCACUUUAAGCGGAUGAUUCUUAUAAACAGUGAACACUUUAAACGGCGACCACUGUACUUGCAAUUCUGUCAAUAUUAAUUUUUUUUUAAUUUUUUCGGAUUUUGAUGAGGAGUAUAAAUUCAGAGACAAAUUCAAUUUUUAUUUCCAUCCUUAUUGAAAAAAAAUAACUUUAUUUUAUUACUUUUUAACAUUUUAAAAAUGGACAUUUUGUAAAACAAAUAAUUCUAAAUUUUAAUAUAUCAUACUUUCAUAUCCGAUCAAAAGUUGCUUAGUACAUAAUAACCAUUUUAAUUUCUAAAAAAUUGAUGAAAAAAUAAUUAUUCUCAACAGAAUAACACGUUACGCGGUAAUGAAUCACAAUUAGCACGAUAAUUCCAAAUUUUUAAUUGAAUAUUAAUUGUUUUCACGCUUGUUUUCUAUACUUUAAAGUUAUUAUAACUAAGAAAGUAUUAAUCGAAUGUCAAUAUACGAUACAUUAAAAUGUAUAGAAUAAUGUAUUUUACAAAAUUAUUAUUUUGAACAUUUUGAAGAGUAGAAAAAUAAAGUUAUUCUUUUCAGUGAUUAAGAGAUGAAAAUUUAAUUUUUCUUUGCAUGGGUACCUUUCCUUCUUGCACAAAACCUGGUUAAAUGUUUUUUUUUUCAUUUGUGUAUUUACGUAAUUUUUUCUGUAACUAAUUAUAUAUAUAAUAUAAUAUAUUGAAUUUUAAUUUUCAAUAAAACCACACAAAAUAUUAUUUAAUUAAGGGUUUUCUGAGACAAAAAAAAAACUCACUAGUAAAACUAAUUCUUAUCAAAUUAAUAAUAAUUAUAUCAAUAUAUUUUAUUUUUUUUUUAUUUCAUAAUAAUAUAUCAUCAGCAACGCAAAGGUGGCCCGCAGGAAUUAUCAUUGCCACCUCGAGGUACGGAUUUGGACUUGGAUUCAAUGUUCGAUUGUGGUCCACUUGGUAAUUUAGAAUCAGUCGACUUGGCCUUUACUAACGUAACAGAUACUUGUGCCAAUACUUUAAUAAAGUUACCAUCUUUAAAAGUGCUCAAUUUGUGGGGUACUCAGGUAAGUUGAUAUUAAACGUUUCAGGAAAAACCAAAACUAAAAAUAAAUUGUAAUUAACUAGUUAUUUAUUUUAGUUUGGUGACUCUGGAUUAUUAAUCAUAUCGGAUCAUCUGACUAACUUACAAGUUCUGAAUUUGUGCGAGACUAAAGUUACCGAUAGAGGAAUUUUAUCACUCAUAAGUAAAAUAUUGUGUUUUUUUUCUUGACUGUUUAUUUAUAAAAUUAAUUUUAGGUCUUAUCAAUUUGAAAAAACUCAAUUUGAAUAGUACUAAAGCAACAGUUCGAUCUGUGGAUGUACUGAAAAAAAAAUUACCAGGUCUACAUGAAGUGGAUGUACGAUACUCCUUUGCCUGGUAAAGGCAUAUUUUUCGUUAUAUUAUAAUGCGUUAUAAUAUGUUCAACAUAUUAAAAUGUUUAUUUUAAUGGUUCUCAUUAUUAUCAUUACUUUUUUUUUUGACAAUCUGCCAGGAUAAUACACAUUUAUCUAAAUAUAUUCGUUUUACACGUAACUAUAAAAUAAUAAUAACAAUAAUGAUUCAAUAAUAUUGUACCAACUGUUUACUCUUCGAGUAUAAAAAGACUGUAAACCUAAUGCGUAUUAUUAUUAUUAAAUAGGUUUUAUUUAUAUUUAUAAUACAUGAAUUUUGAAUAAGUAAAAUAUUUAAGGUUUUUAUAGAAUAAUCAAAUUAUUAAUUUAACAUUAUUUUGUUAAUAAUAAGUAUAAAAUAAUGCUUUAAGAGAGGACAACCGGACGCUCUAUAAAUAAAAUGUGAAAAUUAAUUAAUGUUAAAUAAUUUUCUGUGUAUAGUAUUAUAAUAUACCUAGUGUCUUUUUUUUCAUUAAAAUGCUAAUUUAUAGCGUAUAAGUAUAACUUGUUUCCAAUUUUACUUAUAGAAACGCUCAAACUUUCAAUUUUGGUAAGAUUUUACUCUAUAUAUUCUUUCAUAAUAUAGGCGAAUAUGUUAUAUUUGUUUAAAAUUUUUUUUAUCAAACUUUUUUAUCAUUAAAUAUUAUUCGUAUAAAAAUGUCAAAUUGUGUAAUAACGAAUUUCAAUGAACAAAUCACUUUCACGGCGGAUUGUUUGUAUUUUUGUUUUGUUUUAUUUUUUAAUUUACAUACCAUAUAAUUUAUAAUAAUAUUAUAAUACAUUAAUGUACGAAAACUAUUACUUUAUGUAUGUAAAAAAAAAAAAAAAUAAACAAAAAACAAAAAAUAACCGUGAAAUCUCUACAAAAGGGUAUGUAUUGUGAGGGUAAAGAUAAACAUCAGGUAAAAGCCUAAUACCUGCGUCAUAAAAUGUAAUAAAGUAAAAUAAAUUAUAAUUUAUUACAGUAAUAAACAUUACCUUUUAUUGUUACUAUUAUAUUAUUAUUUAUUACUAUUGUAUUUACUAUUCCUAUUAUUUAUUUAUUAUUAUUAUUAUUAUUAUUAUUGAGGCUAUAUUAAAGCAUAAACUGUUUUAAAUAAUUAUAAACUAUUAUAGAACACUACACUUAGAUACAUUAUGUCGAAAAAAUCAUUUUAAUAAAACAAUGUAAGAUUUAAGAUAAAUUUUUAAGUGCUAAUUAAUUAGUACAUAUCGCUGUGUUUUUGUCUUCUAGAAUAGUAGAAUGUAUUAUUCUUUUUUUUUUUCAUCAUCCACGGCAUAUAGAAUAUAAGUAGAAUAGAAUUAUUAAAAACAUUAAUAAUAAUAAUAAUACAAGUAUGUAACUGACACGAAUAAAUAAAAACUUCUUUCAGAU